GAACGUGUCAGCUCGGUGUCGCGCGCCGCUCGGUCUUGCGCAGCUCUCUCUCGGUGACUGUGUGAGCAGGUCAGAGACAGCAGGAUGGGAAGAUGUGACGACCUGCUCCAUUUUCACUGAAGACCCGCGCUCUGCCCGCUCUCUUUCCCCGCAAAGAUGGCGACGGGGGCCGGCUGGCAGCCUUCGUACAACCCCCCCACCACCACCUCCAGCUCCGGCUCCAAAUUCACCCCCCCUCCCCCCUCCGGGAUGUUCUACGAUGGAGCUCUGACGCUGGAAUACACUCAGGACCUGCACCUGAAGAUGAGCAAGAAGAUCGCUCAGCUCACCAAGGUGUGUGUGUGUGUGUGUGUGUGUGUGUGUGUGUGUGUGUGUGUGUGUGUGUGUGUCGUGUGCGUGCGUGCGUGCGUGUGUGUUUGGAGCAGGUGGGGGUGUGGUUGGAUGCUGUGUAAACAUGCACGUUAGGAGGAGGAGGUGUUUGGCUCUGCAGACUCCUUUUCAGUGUAGAUGAGGAGGUGUGUUAGUACUACAAUGUGUGUGUGUGUGGGUGUGUGUGUGUGUGUGUGUGUGAGAGAGACUGAUGCUUGCAGAUGUUUCCACCUGUGUUCAGUGUUUUUCUGUCUUUUUGUCUCUUAGAGAAUCUGUGCGUCUCUGUUCCAUCGGUCAGUCUCAGUGCUGAUAUUGGGGAUGUGUCCUCAGUCUUUCUGCUCCUCUUUGCCUCUUUGUCUCUCUGUUCUCCUCCUCUUGCUCCUGCUCCUGCUCCUGCUGCUGUCUCUGAGAGGCUUACUGUAGUUAUGUAAUGCUGAAGCGAUGCAGCGGUUUGGCUGAGCGUCUCUCUCUCUCUGUUUUUCACCUGCGCUCAGAAUACACUCAGCAUCCUCUGUAGUAGGCUGUAGUACUCUGUGGUACCCAGCCGGAGAGCCUGGGUGUAGUAUUUCAGUGUGGUACUCAGGUGGAUGUGAAGCAUCUUGAAAUGUUGGUGAGUUAAUAUCUAGAGCAGCUCAUAGGAUCAGCUGAACGCACACUAACAGUCUGUGAAUAAUGUCACUAAUCAUGUGUAUAAUCGAGUCAGCUGUGUCUAUUUGAAUGUUCUGAACAGACUGUAUUUCAUUACUCUUCACAGUUAUCACUCUUGAGUUUUAUGGUCCAGAAGUCCAGAAGAAGUUUAUAGUCUAAACUCUCAGAUGUUUUUGACUCUUUCAUUAUCCAAAGACUAAAACUCAGUCUCUCUUUUCCUCUAAAGCAGUGGUUCUCAAGUCCAGUCCUUGAGGCCCACUGUCCUGCAUGUUUUGGAUGUUUCCCUGCUCCAACACACCUGAUUCAAAUGAUCAGCUCGUUAUCAAGCUCUGCAAUGGCUUAAUAACGAGCUGAUCAUUUGAAUCAGGUGUGUUGGAGCAGGGAACAUCCAAAACAUGCAGGACAGUGGGCCUUGAGGACUGAACUUGAGAACCACUGUCCUAAAGGGAUGAUGCUCUCAUUGCUGCCAUCUUUGUUUUGCUUAUUCAUGACUUGGUUGAGUCCGCUUCUGUGCAGAAAACCAGAAUAAGGUGUUUACAUGCUACAGUAUGCUUUCAGAGCUCGCCAGAAAACUGACGUUUCUUCACAGGUUCAGGGCUAAUCCUAACCAGAGCUGCUUGAAUACGGCAAAAACCAUAACCAAAAUCAUUUAGAUUGAUAUCACGAUUAUUAAAAGUGACGAUCCAUGAUUUGGCAUCUGCAUCACACACAUAAGAGCAACUAAAAACCUCUUUAAACCACAAAACUAUUACCUUUUGAAAACUCAACAAAAGAUUACACUAACUGCUGUUUAGCCUUCCUUCUUUGCUUCUAAAGUAUGUCUGUCUACUCGUGUCCUUUGUUAAAUGUCAUUUGUACUUCUGCCAAAAGGAAACAUGCAUUAAUUGGUCACAUUGAGCUUUGUCUUCAUUUUGGUGAUAAUACUCACUGAAUUAAAUAUCCGAUUUUACUUAUAAGAAUAUUUCAACUGUGCCACAAAAAUUGAAGGAUUGGAGCUCUAUUACUGCUUACAUUAUAUCACAGGCUGCAGAUCAAACAAAUCUUUCAGUCUUUAAGAGCUUUUAUAAAACCUCCUUUAUGACAAAAGACUUUUAUUUUAUUAUAAUUCUGAACAAUGUUCAUCAUCACAACUGCCUCUCUUAUACAGUCCUCAUUCUGUUCCUCUGCUUUUCAGACAAACACACAUGCAUACCUGCUCUCCUCACUCCCCUUGCUCCUCCUGCUCCUCUCCUUGCUCUCUUCUCUCCUCCUGCUCCUCUCCCUUCUCUUCUCAUGCCUCCUUCUGCUCCUCUUCCUGCUCUCCUCUCUCCUCUUGCCUCCCCCUGCUCCUCCCUCUGCUCCUUUCUUCUCCUGCCCCUCUUCUAUCUCUCUUCUCUCCUCCUGCUCCUCUCCCUGCUGUCCUCUCUCCUAUUGCCUGCUCUUGCUCCUUUCCCCUGCUUUCCUCUCUCAAUGUCCAGCUCCUCUCCCUGCUCUCCUCUCAUCCUCCUGCUCCUCUCCCUGCUCCUCUCUCUUCUCUUCUCAUGCCUCCCUUUGCUCCUCUUCCUGCUCUCCUCUCUCCUCUGGCCUUCCCCUGCUCCAUUCUCUGCUCCUUUCUUCUCCUGCCCCUCUUCUAUCCCUCUUCUCUCGUCCUGCUCCUCUCCCUUCUCUUUCAUGCCUCCCUCUGCUCCUCCUUCUGCUCUCCUCUUGCCUCCCCCUGCUCCUCCCUCUGCUCCUUUCUUCUCCUGCCCCUCUUCUAUCUCUCCUCUCUCCUCCUGCUCCUCUCCCUGCUCUCCUCCUUUCUAUUGCCUCCACUUGCUCCUCUCCCUGCUGUCCUCUCUCCUAUUGCCUGCUCCUGCUCCUUUCCCCUGCUUUCCUCUCUCAAUGUCCUGCUCCUCUUCCUGCUCUCCUCUCUCCUCUUGCCUCCCCCUGCUCCUCCCUCUGCUCCUUUCUUCUCCUGCCCCUCUUCUAUCUCUCUUCUCUCAUCAUCCUGCUCCUCUCCCUGCUCUCCUCUCCUCCUGUAUCUGCCUGAUAAUUUGUACCUGUUGUUCAGCAUGUUGAAGAUUCAUCGGUCCUUCAUCAACAUUUGUGGAGCAACAACCUCCUGCUGCUCUAAACGUUGUUUCUUAUUGGUCAGAGCUGCUGGUGGUGGAGUGUCAUUCAGAGCUUUUUGAGGGGAGGGGCUUCUCCCAAACUCUGCUGCUGUUCAAUAUUGUGCUGCCUGCACUGUUGCUGUGCAGGCAGCACAAUAUUUCAGAGUCUCAAUCUUAAUAUUUCAUGACUGUAGUGGCCGUAAUCAGAACAGAAAUUAAAGUCUGAUUAAUUCCCUAGCUCUAAUCCUCACCAUUGGUUUUCCCUGAAGUGACUGAUUUCCUUGUUGUUUAAAAGGAAAUUUACAUUCCUGCAAACUGAUUCCUCAAGUUGGUUUCCCCAACAGACUAAAAUGACUUUUAUUCUGUAAUAAUGCAGUCUACCUGCAGACCUUAAUGAUCUUAGCUUUGGAGCUCUCUGAAUACUCUAAAUUAAGCACAUUCAUUUACUACAGCUAAACUCAGGAUACCAAAUGUCUAUGCAGACUGUGGAUACCACCAGCAGAGCUAGUACCACCAGUGACCAGUCCUCCCUGCAGGUUGACAUCCACAUGCCUGUGCUGGUUACUCAUUGCUCUGGUUGUCUGGUUGAGUCGUUAAACCAGUUUAAGAAGUUAAAUUAUUUUAACCAGUUUAAUUAGACAUAGCUUACAGACAACUUUAUCUUCAGUUAUAUAUCUACACAAUGUCUAACCACACUACAGUGCUUGUCCUUCUGGAUAUUUUAUCUCUUUUUGCACCACUCUGUCUCACAUAAUGUCCCACAUCGAUACCUGAUUGGCUGGAUGUCACAUGGUGGGAUGUAGCUGCUGGAUAUGAUGCUGAACGUUCUAAAACAAGAUUGAUAGCAGUCUGCGCCUGGUGUAAAGAGAUCCAGAGUUUCUGGAGUGAAGGUUUGAUGAUUGAGAUAACAGAGUUGGAUUGUCUUUCUGUAAGCCGAGCGAAAACAGCAGCAACUCUGAGACAAACUGAACUCCCUUUAAUCCUCCACUGAGUGAAAAAUAAUGAUCCUCCAGACAGGGCAGGAGAGAAAAAACAGAGCCACUGCUGCUCACAUCACAGACCUUUAUUGUAAGUUUCUCAAGAUAAUUAAAGACCUUUAUUUUGUUAUAGUUCAGUACACCUACAUACUAAAAUGACUUUUAUUUUGUAAUUUAGUUCAACUGCAGACUAUAAUGACCUUUGACUUUGUAAUUCAGUCCAUCUGCAUACUACAAUGACCUUUAUUUUGUAAUAAUUCAAUCCACCUGCAUACUAAAAUGACUUUUAUUUUGUAAUUUAGUUCAACUGCAUCAUAUAAUGAUCUUAAGCUCUAAGUUCAGUGAACCUGCAGACUUUUAUUACCUUUGCUUUGUAAUAAUUCAGUCUACCUGCAUACUAAAAUAGCUUUUAUUUUUUAAAUUUAGCCCACUUGUAGACUAUAAUGACCUUUAUUUUGAAAUUAGGUCCACCUGCAGACUAUAAUGGCAUUAAUUUUGUAAUAAUUCAAUCCACCUGCAUACUAAAAUGACUUUUAUUUUGUAAUUUAGUUCAACUGCAGACUGUAAUGACCUUUAUUUUGAAAUUACGUCUACCUGCAGACUAUAAGGAUCUUUAUUUUGUAAUAAUUCAGUCCACCUGCAGACUAUAAUGACAUUUAUUUUGUAACAAUUCAUUCCACCUACGUACUAAAAUGACUUUUAUUUUAUAAUUUAGUCCACCUGCAGACUAUGAUGACCUUUAAUUUGAACAUCAGUCUCCCUGCAGUCUAUAAUGACCUUUAUUUUGAAGUGUUAUGUUGCUGCAGGUAUCAGCAGCAUGACUGUUGUGUGACGUUUCUUUGUUGACUUUAUCUGGUCUACUCAUAACAAGAUACUUUCUGUCGUCUGCAGCAGAAUCAGCUUCACAGUAAGAGUCUAAUUUUACCGUCUACCAUCAAGAAGAGGAUGCAGUCAUAAGCUGAGUUUGUGAUCCUGUUUUAAAUUUUUCAUACAGGACAAUUAUCAUGAGCUUAAAUGUUUAAUUCUGCUCUCUCCUCCUCAGCAGCUGUGUGAGUGUUUUGUAGAGCUUGUAAGAGAGACUGUGAGAGUUUGAACAUCUACUGGAGGAUAGCAGAAAUUUUAGAUUGAUAUUUUUAGAUGUAUUAUUGCCAUAAAAAAGUUGUAAAAACAAAAAAGGUGAACUCUUUAGAGCAGCAGGACAGCAGGAUUAUAUACAGAAACUACAGUGUGAGAUUAUUUUCAUGAUUUAGUCAUCAUGUAUUGAUUUAUGGUUAACCAGCACAGGAAUAAGGAGCAUGAAAUAUGUCUUCUCUUGGAUAAAGCAGCAUGAAAUCAAUUAACAUACAUAAUUCUGCAAAGAGAAAUACGAAGCAUAAGAAUAAAUUUAAGAGCUUUCUGUGACUCUUCUUUGUUUGAAAAAUAUCCUGGAAGCCAUUUUGGUUCAGAAAGAUGUUGUGAAAAACAAGCGUUAUUGUUCCACGACACAGAGUGUGAGGUUUUUUUAAAUUCCCGGGAGACGGAGAAGAGGAGAGGCAGAAACAUGGAGAGAGAGAGAGAGAUGAAAGGAUGGAGCAGAGAGCGGCAGAUGAAAGCGGCUGCAUCAUUAAAAUAAUCAUGUAUAAUUGAAGGAACAUGGCUGCUGCUCUGCUGGGAAUCAAAGGCUCAGAGAGGAGACGCUAAAAACACACCUGAAACUUGGACUGCUUUUGCGGCACACAGAGGGUAACACAAGCCUCAUACAGGUGAAACUAUACAACAGAGAUUUACAGGUGUCAGCAGGAAAAACAGUCUGUAUGGGGAGCAAAAGCAGGAGGAACACGGUCCACGAUAAUGACCUGCUCAGUCACUAACGACAAUCAGAGAUUAGUUUUCCUGACUCCCCUGAAUGCGUCAGAAAUGAUGGAUCUGACUUCCAUUCAACAAACAAACAUUUUCAAAGUAGUAGUUUCAAAGACAGACCUGACAAAGCUGGACUUUGGACUCUGGACUAAUCUGCAUUAUGAUGUUUUUAUUUCAGCAAACUGAAGACCAGUUAAUGAGGAGAACAUCACAAGAAUAUCAAUCAAUCAAAUCAACUUUAUUCAUCUGUUUGGAACUUCAUUUGCAGAGAAAGCGCCAGUGCAGAAAUAAACAUAGCACAUGUUCAUUCACAGAUCACAAUCUAGAGUUUAUAAUGAAUACAAUAAAAACAUUAAAUACAUUAAAAACAAAAGUUCAAUUAUAUAAGUCCUCCUCUACAAUAUUGUGUGGCUAUCAACUGUUUAACAGGCGGAUGGAGGUGGGAAGGAAGCUGGGGGUGGCCCUCUUUGUCCUCAGCACAGUAUAGUGAGGGUGCAGGGUGUGUGAGGGGUCAGUGGAGAUCUGGUUGCCUUUCCUUAGGACUCUGGUGUUGUAGAUGGUGGUGAGUGACUGCUGUUACUGACCAAUGAUUUUGCUGCUGAUUUUGAUAAUUUUAUCAAGAGUGUUGUGGCGAGUGAGCCAAACCAGGCAGGCAUAGCAGUAACGGCUAAAACCCACUCUAGCGCGGCAGGCGGAUCAAAUACGCAAGCAAUAUAAUCAAUGUGUGUGAUUCCACACAAUCAGUCCGCCGUCCAGCUCUGCUGCGGAUUGGAUCUGGCAGCCGGACAAGAUACGCAAGGCUUCUAUUUUUGCCAGAUGCCGCAGCACGGUGCAUCAAUUCAGUGCAGCGCAGCACGAGCAGCAGCGGAAGAUGUGUGCAGCUACAGAGUAAAAUAUUUCAAAAUAAAAUAAAGUCAAUACAUUGAACUGUUCUUCACUUGAUAAGAGGAGAAGCUAGGGCUGUGGGAUGUGGGUGUUUAUAUACACCGCCGUUUAUAUACACCAGUCGGCGGCGGAUCUCAUUCAAUGUCUCACUGGGAAACAUGCGAGAUCUCAUGAGAAAUAUCGGUAAUCUCGCAAGGGCUUCUCCUGCGGAGGCGGAUGCGGAUUGGAUCCGGUGGAAUCCCCGUGUAACUGACUCACCUUUGGUUGAUAAUCAGUUUGACUCACUGCAGCAGACAGCCUCGAGUGGACACUGUGUGAACUGCAGUUUUUGUUGCUCUCUGGUUGCGGUUUGCAAAUGAAACUGUAAACUCAUGAGAUGUGUGAUGAUGACUCUGCUGUAAAACCACCUCUCCCCUGUUACUGAUAUUAAUGUGAUGUGUAUUGAUCCUGCCGCUCUGAUCUUCUCUGCCGUGUGAUUAUUGAUCUGAUGAUUAAAACAGUUCAUCUUCUUGUCUCUCUGUUCAGGUCAUUUACGCUCUCAACACAAAGAAUGACGAGCACGAGGAGGAGAUCGAGUCCCUGAAAGAAGCUCAUGAAGACGAGGUACAAACACACCCCACAGACAGUAAAAAGGUCACUGAGCUUUAAGUUACCUGCAGGCAGGUGGGGAUAACCUAGUCCGAUGUGGAUCAGAGAGGAGAUCCUCCUGGACUUAGUUUCACUGGAUCAUACUCUGAACCCUGACAGUCUAUAUAAGCUGAUGUUAAUCCCGUUCAUUUCAUUCAGAUCGCUCUAACAGAGAUGCUGCAGUGCUUCUGAUGGGAGGUGUUAAUUCAAUCAGCGCUGUUUUCAAGUGUUACACACUCAGCGUGGGAUUUUUUGGUGCUGCCAAGAAAACUUCUCUCUGAGCCAGACGAGCUGCUCACACUGAGUUUAUUUAUGAAACAUUUUACUCUUUACACCUUCAUUUCACAAACUCAUUUACACUUCAUUCCGUAAUGUUGUCGUUUUGGUGUCUCUCAGGUCCAACACAUCGUGACCGAAACCAGGGACAAGAUCAUGCAGUACAAGAGCAAGAUGGCGGACGAGGCCGAUCUGAGGCGGAGACUCGCCAGUCUGGAAGAAUCAGUGGAGCUGCAUGAGCACAUGAAGAGACAGGUCAGACAUGUUGGUAACCUGGAUAAUAUCAGGAUUUAUGUUGAGCGCCAGUUUUACAGAUGUUCAGUAAAAACUCAAGUUGAGACACAGAUGCGUGAGAACAACCUGAAUUCUGUAAGAGUUCCUGUAAAAUGUUAAUGAAACUUAAAGGUUCUGAACUGAAAAUAGAGUGAAAGACAACAUAUCAAAUAUCCAAUUGGAAAAAUGUUAAUCUGCUCUUUUGGAAGUGAUUUCAGCAACAUGUUUGUAAAAAGUAGAGUUAGUGAACCCAGCAGACCAGUUUCUGGAGUUUAAAAGUGAAAUAUUGUCCCAUUCUUGUCUGAAAGAGGAUUUCAGCUGCUCAACAGUUCAGGGUUUUCUUUGUCCUAUUUUUGGUUUCUCGAUUCUCCAAUCCAAAUAUUUUCAAUGUAGGACGAGUUUCUCAGCAGGACUCUUCUACUACAGAGCCGUGCUGUUGUAUCCCUGUUGUCAGAAUGUGGUUUGUCAUUGUCUCGCUGAAAUAUGAAGAUCUUAUCUAAGAAAAGUCUUUGUCUGGAUGUCAGCAGAUGUUGCUCCUAAACCUGUAGAUAUUAUUCAGCAUCAAUGGAGCCUUCACAGAUGACAUGGACUCUGAUGAUCCCCGAUGAUUUCCAGAUCUUGAUCCAUCAGACCACAGGACAGUUUUCCAGUUUUCCUCUUCCCCUCAGUCCACCUUAAAUGGUCUCAGGUCCAGAAAAGUCUUUGGUGUUUCUGGAUCAUGUUAACAUCUGGUUUCCUCUUUGCAUGGUUCAGUUUUAACCUCAUUUGUAGACGCAGUGAUGAACUGUGUUCACAGACAAUGAUUUUUAGAAGUGAUUUGGAGUUCAUACAGUAAUUUUCGAUACAGAGUCCUGUCUGUUUUUAAUGCAGUACUGCUGAAGAGCCUGAAGAUCAGGAUCUUUCAGUCUUGGUUUUGGUCUUUGUCUCCAGAUUCUUUGAAUCUUUUAAUGAUAUGUUUUUUUUUUUUCAUUUGUUUUGGGUUUUUUUUUUAACUCAUGCUUGGGGUGUCACUAAAACAGCCUUUUACCACCUUAAAAACAUUUCUAAAGUAUGACCGUUUCUCUCUCUGAGCCAGACAGAGACUAAUGCACGCUUUUAUAACCAGCAGGCUUGACUACUGUAAUGCUCUUCUCUCUGGUUUACAAAAAGCACAAUAAAACCAGCUACAACUGAUCCAAAACUCUGCUGCUAGAGUUUGGACUAGGACCAGGGGAAGAGCUCAUAUUACACCCAUUUUAAAGUCUUUGCACUGGCUGCCUGUUAGUUUUCGCAUUGAUUUUAAAAUUCUUUUACUAGUUUAUAAAGCUCUACAUGGCCCAGCACCAGAAUACCUUUCAAAGAUGAUUUUAAUUUAUGAACCAGGGCGGCCUUUCAGAUCCUCUCAAUCUUCUCUUUUAGUUGUUCCACAGAGCAGAACAAAAAAAAUUGGGGAUGUUUCUUUUAGCUGCUACGCUCCAAAACUGUGGAACAAACUUCCAGAAGGUCUGAGACAAGCUGCAAAUAUUAAAAUCUUUAAACGUAACCUAAAAACACAUCUAUUCAGCCUGGCUUUUAUGUAAAGCUUCAUUAUUUUAAUAACUAUUAUAAUUUAUUUAUUUAUUAUUUAUUUAUAAUUAAUUUAUGAUGAAAUCCACUCAUUCUUUCACAUUUGACACUCAGGAACAUUAUUCUGACACUGUUGAACUAUGAGCUCACACAGUCUCUCACAGAGUGGUGAACCUCUUCCCAUCAUUCCUUCUGAGAGACUCAGCCUCUCUGAAUGUCCUUUUUAGACCAAGUCAUGUUAGUAAUAAACCUCAUUAAUUUGGAGAUGUUCCUCCAGCUGUUUUUUAUUUUAACAUAACACAACUUUUGACCUGUUUGUUUCACCCCUCUAACAACUUUGUAGAAAAAUGUUGCUGGACUCAGAUUGAAAAUGAGCAAAUUUUGAGUUUCAACAUUUGAUAUUGUCUUUGUAACAUCUGUGUUAAUAUGAUGUUGUGUUGUGUUUAGGCGCUUGCAGAGUUCGAGAUGUACCGUCAGAGGAUGGAGGACUCUCAGCUCUGCACAGAAGCUCAGCACACACAGAGGGUGGUGUCUAUGAGCAGAGAGGUAAGACACGCACACGUGUGCACACGUAACAUAAAAUUAGGAAAAUACAGAAUCUGUAUUGGUAUUGAAGUUUAUCAAGUCUUCAUUUGCAGCAGCAGAGCGACGUUUGAAACAUAGACCAAAUCCUACCAGGUGGAGUUUAUAUGGCGGUGUUUACAGGUGGAGGAGAUGCGUCGGGACUUUGAGGAGAAGCUCCGCUCCUUCAGCGUGGCUCAGGCUCAGUUUGAGGCGGAGAAACGGCGAGCGCUGGAGGAUCUGAGGACGACGCACCGCCAGGAGGUGGAGGAGCUCCUCCAUAACCAGCAGAACCAGAGUGCCUCCUCCACAGAGGACCAGGAGAGACUGGCCGAGCUGCACCGUCAGGAGGUGAGCAGAGAGAGAGAGAGAUGUUGGAGUGAGAAGUUUUCUCCUGCAGGGUAUCUGCUAAUUUUCAGUUUGUUUAAAGAUUUUUAAGUUCAGUCUGGGUCUGGUGGAUGUUGAACUUUUUUUUUCCUAUAAAAAGUUCGAAUAAAUCUCAUUAAUAAGAUUUAGCUCAGUUUGAGUUGAGGGCGUCUUGUUUCUCACAUCCUCUCCUCCCUCCCGGAGCAGGUGGAGGCCCUGAUGGAGCGGGUGGAGGAGCUGACCAAGGAUAAGGUCCGUCUGGUGGAGGAGUACGAGGCCAAGCUGGCGAAGGCUCAGGAGUACUACGAGAGGGAGCUGGAAGCCAUGAGGAGGACUCACCAGCUCACCACUGAGAACCUGCUGGCCUGGAAGAGGACCGAGGUGAGCGCUAACUCACCAUAACUCUUAUUCUAACCUGAGAGUCUGAUGUUUGCCAAAAACUCUUUAUUCAGUUGCCUUCAAACUGCAGAUUUCUCUUCGUCUUUAUGAAAUCGUCUCUAUCAGUACUUUUCUUAAAUCCUAUUUUAUAUAUCUAUGAAGCAUCAGCCUAUAAAGCUUGUCUUUCAGCUUUUAAACAAACGUAGAUCUGUUUCAUGGAGGAGAGUCUGCAUUUCAUCAGAAUCAGAUCCAUCUCCAGUUUAGCUGCAAAUGUCAUAAACUUCAAACACCGACAUGAUGAAUUUUUUAUAUUUGUUUACAAAUUGUCCUUUUGAUCCAGCUUUUGGAUUCAUUUGUAGAAAAAAAAGAAAAUUCAUUCAGUCUGUGUGGAGGAUUUGCAGCCUCAUAGUUUGUAAGCUUAUCACCCAUGUGGUGAUCUAAGUGAGCGGGGCUUCAGUGCUGCUCUGAUUCCUGAGAGUAGUUUGAACUUGCAGAUGAGUCAAGAGGCAGAACGGAGAAACGUUCCAGGAACCUUUACAGACUUUUUGUUUUUAAUAUUAGAAAUAUUCAUUAAAGUUAUUAGCUGUUCUUUCCUUAAAUUUAACUGUAGCUGAGACUAAAAAAGACCAACAGCAACUUUAAAAGUCUGUUUGAUUUAAAAUAAGUAGAGCAGUGGUUCUCAAGUCCAGUCCUUGAGGUCCACUGUCCUGCAUGUUUUGGAUGUUUCCCUGCUCCAACACACCUGAUUCAAAUGAUCAGCUCGUUAGUAAGCCAUUACAGAUCUUGAUAACGAGCUGAUCAUUUGAAUCAGGUGUGUAGGAGCAGGGAAACAUCCAAAACAUGCAGGACAGUGGGCCUUGAGGACUGGACUUGAGAACCACUGAAGUAGAUAAGUGUGUGAAUCAUAUAUUUAGAUUCAUUAUUGCAGCUCAGCCUGAUAUCAUCAGGGCUGCAGCUGAAGUAUUUAAUCCAAACCAUUAUAUAUGCCGCAGAAAUUAAAGGGAUAACAGUUACCGUAACAGAGUUAGACACCCCCUCGAGAGAUGAAUGUUGCCAACUGCUUGCUUAUCUAGUUACACCAACUAUAGUAACAUCCGCAUGAUAGCAAUACACAGUGGUUUACGUCUCCACAUGCAAACCUCAACCAAAAAGCUACUCUAUAGCCACAAAUAAAGCUCAGAACAGCACCUAAUUUCAUCAAAAGUACAUAUAGGGUCCCAGCCAUAGUACUAGCCAUCGAGCCCUGAUGAGUCGAUCACCGAGUGCAGCGGAGUUUCACAGCUCAAGGAAGAACAUUUAUGAUUAUUUCUUGUGACUGGGGGCCACAUUAUAAUAGGAGCGAUAUUCCUGACACAAACAAACAAACAAAUAAAUAAUUGGCACCAUCUGUAGCUGAGGUUUCUUGUCCUCACUGUUACAAAUCAAAAGCAGCCUCUAUUUUUUUUUAGUUCUGGCACUGACUACAGAUCAUGUUGCUUUCUGCACCAAAUAAAAGAACAGUCAGUGCGUCUGUGCUGACCUCUGACCUCCUCACUCUGCAGCACUGGAGAAACACACAAGGAGGAGGUAAAACCACUCCGAGUGGGAGUAGUACUGCAUGCAUGCCUCUGCAGAUCACUCCUGUUAUGUAUCGAAGCAAAAACACUGUUUUCCAGCAGGUGGGCUGAAGAUGAAUACUGAGGCUGCUUUACUUCCACACACUGAAAGCUAGUGGGCUGAGGAUGACUGAGGCUUAUACUGUGUGUGAGAGAAGGAGAAUCUCUGCUUUAUCUUUCUCUUCAUAUUUUCACAUGGUUGCUUUUAUUUUCUGCAGUCUGAUAAGUUUUUGGUCUUCAUGUCGUCUGGUAAACUAUGAAUCUGUGUAUUGAAAAAUGCAAAUGAACAGAUAUAUACUGCAUACUUUAUUGAUCUAAAUGGGAUGUCAGAAACAAAUCACAGAGCAGGAUUAAGCAUGCUGCAGUGGAUAUAAAAAGUCUACACACCCCUGUUCAGGUUUUUGUCAUGUAAAAAAAUUAAAUUAAGAUAAAUAAAUUAACAACUUCUUCCACUUUUAAUGUGACCUAUAACCUGUACAACACAAUUAGAAAACAAACAGAAAUCUUUCAGGGAGGUGAAGUAAAAAUAAACAACUGAGAUCAUGUGGUUGCACAAGUGUGAACACCCUUUAAUAACUGGGGAUGUGGCUGUGUUCAGAUUUAACCAAUAACAUUCAAACUCAGGUUAAAUUGGAGUCAGCACACACCUGUCACCAAUUAAAGUGCCUCUAAUUAACCCCAAAUUAAGUUCAGCUGUUCUAGUUGCUUUUCCUGACAUUUUUGUAGACACAUCUUCCAGAACAAGCCAUAGUCCACAGAGAGCUUCCAAAGCAUCAGAGGGAUCUCAUUAUUCAAAGAUACCAGUCAGGUGAGGCUACAAAAGAAUUUCCAAGGAAUUAAAUAUAUCAUGGAACACAGUAAAGACCGUCAUCAUCAAGUGGAGAAUAUAUGGCACAACGGUGACAUUACCAAGAACAGGACGUCCGUCCAAAAUUGAUGAUAAGACAGGAAGAAAACUUGUCAGGGAGGCUACCAAGAGGCCGACAGCAACACUGAAGGAGCUGCAGGAAUUUCUGGCAAGUACUGGCUGUGUAGAACAUGAGACAACAAUCUCCUGCUGUCUUCAUAUGUCUGGGCUAUGGGGUAGGGUGGCAAGAUGGAAACCUUAUCUUACAAAGAAAAACAUCAAAGCCCGGCUUAAUUUUGCAAAAAGACAUCAGAAAUCUCCCAAACGCAUGUGGGAAAAUGUGUUAUGGUCUGAUGAAACCAAAGUUGAACUUUUUGGGCAUCAUUGCAAAAGGUAUAUUUGGUGCAAAAUCAACACUGCUCAUCAACAAAGGAACACCAUACCCACAGUGAAGCAUGGUGGUGGCAGCAUCAUGCUUUGGGGCUGUUUUUCUUCAGCUGGAACUGGUGCCUUAGUCAGGGUGGAGGGAAUUAUGAACAGUUCCAAAUACCAGUCAGUGUUGACACAAAACCUUGGGCCUUCUGCUAGAAAGCUGAAGAUGAAGAGGAACUUCAUCUUUCAGCACAACAAUGACCCAAAGCACACAUCUAAAUCAACAAAAGAACGGCUUCACCGGAAUAGUGGGCAAAUAUUUCCACAUCAAGAUGUGCCACGCUGAUAGACUCCUACCCAAAAAGACUGAGUGCUGUAAUAAAAGCCAAAGGUGCUGCAACAAAGUAAUUGUUUAAGGGUGUGCAUAUUUAUACAACCAGGUUAUUUUAGUUUUUUUUAAUUUUAUAUUUUUCCCCUUAAAGGUUUCAGUUUGUUUUAUGUUCGGGACUGUGCUGUGGCUCACAGUGAUGAUGUCGUACUGUCAUACCUGUGCAGGUGGAGCUGCGUAAGGAGUUCCAGGCUCAGGAAGCGGCUCUGCAGCGCUCGCUGUCUAAACUGAGGAGUGAGCUGCAGAAAGCUCAGGAGGAGGCGAGGGAGAACAGAGACAAGACCAACAGGCUGCAGACAUCGCUCGCCAAUGCCGAAGGCACCAUGAAGGUCUGAGCCAGGGAUGUGUGCGCGCGUGUGUGUGUGACUGUAUGCGUGUGUGUGUUCGUGCGUGUGAAUUACUAUAAAUAAGAUGCACAUUUUUCACAGUCUGGUGCAGUGUGAGUUUUUUGUGUGUAUUUAUAUGUGUGUGUGUGUGUGUGUGUGUGUGUGUGUGUGUGUGUGUGUGUGUGUGUGUGUGUGUGUGUGUGUGUGUGUGUGUGUGUGUGUGUGUGUGUGUGUGUAGAACCUGCACAAGCAGCUGGAGGAGGCGAUCCAGGACGGGGAGAUCUGGGUGAUGCAGCUGAAGGACACAGAGUAUGAGCUGGAGAGCAGCAGAGAGAGAGUCCAGCAGCAGGCCACAGAGAUCCUUCACAAAGCCAGUGAGACGCUCUGCUUCUGCAACUUAUUUUAUGUUUUCUUACAAAAGUAUAUUUACUGAAAUGAUUGGAAACACUUCUUAAUGAACCCUCCUCUUUUAAUGCAUGAUUAGCACAUGCAUAAUUCGUUAUAAAUGCAUUUUGGAGGCUUUAUGACAAUCCUUUUGAGUGAUCAAAAGCAUUCAUAACAGCAGACUUUGUCAAGAUUUGUUUUAUGAUGAUGGUAAUAAAAAUGAUCUUUUAGUCAUGAAAUGUUUGUAUGUCAAUAAGAGAGAGAAAGUCUGAAGGACUCUGGGUUAUUUAAAAGCUCUUCAUUCAUACCUCAAUCCAGUCUCCAUCAGAGUGUCAGUAAGGUCAGGUGUGCUGUCACUCACCUGGCUCUUUUUCAGACAUCAGUGUGUGCUUUAGUUUGGAUGUGGCUAACUCCAAUCAGAGAGAGGGUCAGAGGUGUUUGUGUGUGUGUGUGUGUGUGAGAGAGAUAGAGAGAGGGAGAGGGAGAGAGAGGAAUCACCACAGACUCUCAAAACCUGCACCUGCUCUGGUUUAGGACCCUCAAAGGAGAUGGUCGAACAGAUGGUCUGUUAGAAACCCUCUGACUUUCAGCUCGGUCUGUCUGGAUACAGAGGAGAAGGAGAGAAAUCUGCACACUUUCGCUCUCUCUCUCUCUUUCUCUCUCUCUCUCUCUCUCUCUCUCCCCCUCUCCCUCUCCAGCUCUCCCUCUCUCUCUCUCUUUCUCUCUCUCUCUCUCUGGUGGAUCUAAAAAUACAAGCUCCCCCAGAAACAUCCAAGAGAGAAAACACUGAGUUCUGAGGACUUAACUGACUGAUUCAACAGGAGACCUGAUACACUGACAGAACCAGGACCAGGACCAGGGGACUAAAGCUGAUUGGCUUUUAGAGGAGCCAAGAUCCAGAUGGACUUGACUGGACCUGUGAUGUUUUAGGGAUAAAACUACCGCACUUUUGCACUAUAAGGCGCACCUGAUUAUAAGGCACACUAUCAAUGAACGCAUCCAUUCGCGUCUAUUUUCAUACACAAGGCACACCAGAUUAUAAAGCGCAUUAGGCCAAGCAAAACAGUCAGAUAAGUCCAACUUUAUUUAACUCAUUCAAUAACUCCAAGAGGAUACGGUAGCUGCAGUGCUCCGACAAGCCAAAAGGAUUUUAAGUGCGCCUUAUAGUGCAAAAAAAUACGGUAUCUGACUUUUUGUUUCCUGACUGCAUGUCUCUGAGAAAGAGACACAAAAACAGAGCUGAUCCUAAACCAGACCAACGAACCCUUGAUGACCUCUCAGACCUCAGCCAGCUUUGACUCUGUUUUGUCUCAGCCAGUUUUUAUGAAUCAAGUACGGAGUCACAGUGAAAGAUCCUUACGAAACAUGACUCAACAUCUGCACUGGGAUAUGAUGCAAAAAAUCCCAGUUGGGGUUAAAAUAUGAUUAUUGAUUAUCCAUUGAAUAUGGAGUAAAGUGCUAGUUGGGGCAGGCCUCAAAGUCAAGCUCCACCCACAUGACAUCAGUUUAUCCAGUAGUCAAAUGUUUAAAGGUCAUUCCAGUUGAACUGUUGACGUGUGCCUAACCUUUCUGCUUCUUCUGGUCUUUGCUGUUGCUCUCCCCACCUUGGCUUAACAUGUCUAUUAGGGGUGGAAAUUACUAGUGGCUUCAUGAUACGAUAUUAUCACGAUACUUGGGCCACGAUACAACAUUAUUGUGAUAUUUAACAUUUUGCAAUACAGUGAGUAUUGUGAUACAAUGUAUCGCGAUCUAUACAAUUUUUUCAACUGUUUAGCUAAUUUAACUUUUGUCUUUCCUUUAUGUUUGUCUUAUUUACACAGUAUUUUAUUCUCAUGUUGCACAUGUUGUUUUCGUUGACUAUGACGUUGACGAAAUAUUUUCAUCAACAUAUUUUCUUCGGCUUUAUCCGGGUCUGUGUCUCAAAGGCUGAGCCCGGCCACCCUGCGAAGGAAACCCAUUUCGGCUGCUUGUAACCGCGAUCUUAUUCUUUCGGUCAUUACCCAAAGUUCAUGGUCAUAGGUGAGGAUCGGCACGUAGAUCGACUGGUAAAUCGAGCCCUCUCUAUCAUCAUUAUCUGAAGGCUACUGUUGCUGCCUUGAGAUAAUGAGGAUAGAGAGGGCUAGUUUGCUGUUUUUAUUAAAACGUCAAAAUCCCAGGACAGAGUUUGAUUUUCGUUAAACCCUCUGGAAUUAUUGGUGUCUUUGUGGAAACCUCAUGUUAAAUAUCCAUAAAGUACAUUUCUGUGGGCACAGGGUUCGAAAGAAGAUGUUAUAGAGCUCACCCAAUAAUACGGCAAACUUUGGUUAAGAGUUACGGUAUCUACAAGCUUUAUUCAGGAGAACUUUGGAACAAAUGAAGCUCUGACACUUUUAAUUUAGAAGAAUAUGGAGAAACUUCCUCCUGUUCACUAAGUUUAAGAGGCUGAACCUGCUGUGAACCUGUAGAUCAUUCCUGUGACGGCCCUUAAGUCUAAGAACAGGUGUGGUUUUGUUUGACUGUUUCCAGGUCAGAUCGGCUCCCUGCAGGCCACCCAGAUGUCCCAUGAGGCGACCAUUAGGAACCUAGACCAGGAGCAGAACCGCCUGAAGGAGAAGAUCGGCCAGCUUGAAGAGGAAAGGGAGGCGGUGCUUAACCAGAGCCAGACGGCCAGUGAGCAGCACAAACAGACUGUACUCAAACUGGAACAGGUAAGCGUAACCCUUAACUAACCACAAAGAGCAGCUCACAGACUAGAUAUCUCAGCCUGUUCACCUGCUGCAGGAGGAACAAACCUGCUGCAGAUGCUCAGUGAAAGAGAUAAGAGUGAAAUAGACCCCAGGUUUGAUGCAGUUCGUUUUCUUCCUCAGUCUCUGCGGGAGGAACACCAGGGCUAUGAGAAGGAGCUGAUCAGACUGCGAGCUCACUACGAGGAGGAGACGCAUCGCUUCAAGGAGACGCAGGUCAGAGCGCUGCGAGAGCUGGAGGAGAAACACCAGGCCAUGAAGGAGGAGGCGCAGCAGGAGAAGGAGGAGGAGAAGCAGCUCCUGUUGGCUGUGAGUCUAAUUUAUUAUUCAUGUAUUAUUCCUGUUAGUAUGAUAACAGGAAAAAAUGUUAAAUACCUAUAGAAAUGAGGCCCUGCACACAAACUGCAGACAGCGCUGGCGUACAAACAGACACUGAGCUUAGAGCUACACUUGACUGACUUUUAGUAGAGAUGUAAUACAAGAUAUGCUUUGAUUUUGAUUUGCACACAAUCUGGAUAUUAUAACCAAACAAAAAUAACAGCAAUGGUCAAUAAUGUUUAAAAAUGUAUGGGAGAGGAAUGAAAUCCCAAAAAACUUGUUUGAGGGCCAUCGCCUGAAAAAGAUGAAACAAAAAGGGAUUAUUUUUUCCAUCGACAUAAAUAUAGAAGCUUAAUGAUAUUAAAUACAUAGAAAAGACAUAAACAGAACAGAAAAUGUACAGAAUAAAAUAAACAUAAACAUAUUACAAACAAACUUUGUUACAUUAUAUGUAGGGCCCGACCAUAUGGAUUUUUGGGGCCGAUAAAAAUAUAUAUACUGUAGAUAUCUACAGUAUACUUUAUACUGUAUGCUUUACGAUUUUUUAGAUAUACUUUAGGCUACUGCUCUUCACGCUGACAGGAGGACCGACUGACCAAAAAAGCGUUUUCAACAACCCGCCGCCGAUCGGUGUCUCCUCCUCUUAACUCGCGUUACUCUUUUCCGGUCCGGUCUCAUCUGGAGACAUGCAGCUGCCUCAGUAAGAGAAGAAGCUUGAUCACGUAAUGUGUACUGUUGUGUAUUCUACCGCUACUGGUAUGGCUAACAGUGUAACAAGGCUAAUAGCAGAUGGCUAACUCUAACUGUUGAUACUGUUAACUCGGCGUGACCGAGACCAGCACAGCGGGGAACGUCAUGAAGUGGGUUGAACUGAAACUUGUAUUUCACAAACUGGUUUAUUUACCGUUCAGGCGGACCACUCUCCUCUGUGCGCCCCUGAGCUGCCUGCUUCAGAUCCGUCACUCUGCUGUGCUGUGAGGUGUUAGUGGAUGAAGAUUGUCAUGAGGUCGCUGCGCCAUCUACAGGAUAAGUCGGGGAACUUUUCAAAUGGCGGAACAUUUUCAAAGUGAAACCGAAUCUUAUUCUCUGCAUUUUAUUUCUGAAAAAUCGGCGAGUUUUGGCCAAUUACCGAUUAGUCUCAAAAGGGCUAAAAUUGGUCAAUUUAAUCGGCUCGCCGAUAAAUUGGUCAGGCCCUAGUCUGUAGUGCUACACAAAAGAACAGACAGACAGGAAAUGAAUGAAAGUUAAAAUUAAAUUAAAUCAAAUUACAUUAAAUUAAAUUAAAAGCAAAUAAAGUAAAGAGAGUUCCAGAUUUUAGGAGCAUAACAACAGAGAUCUCUCUGGCUGGCGCUUGUUUGAGACUCAAGAGAAAAAUUUCAAAGUGAAGCAUUCAAGGACCUCAGAGACCUGAUCUGGGUAUUAAAUGACAAAGAUCUGUUUUGUAUGCAGCUGCUCACUCUCUGACUUUUAUCCCAUGCAGGACUUUUAAUUAAAUCAUGCAUGCCUUUUUUUUUAUUUUACCAGCACAUUGUUGCUUUUUGAUACUAUGUGAUAAAGAAAUAACAGAGAUUAUAUUGUUUUAAUACAGUGGUUCUCAAGUGCAGUCCUCGAGGCCCACUGUCCUGCAUGUGUUGAAUAUUUCCCUGCUCCAACACACCUGAUUCAAAUGAUCAGCUCGUUAUCAAGCUCUGUAAUGGCUAAAUAACGAACUGAUAAUUUGAAUCAGGUGUGUUGGAGCAGGAAAACAUCCAAAACAUGCAGGACAGCUGGCCUCGAGGACUGGACUUGAGAACCACAAAGGUUUGACAACUUACUGAUAGCUGUUUUCCCUGUGGUGAUAUCUCUGGCCUGGACUUGGUUCAUCCUCUCUAUAACGGGUAGAGGUCCUCUUGUUAAUGAUUCUUUAACAUGCUUAUCUGUUCAACAAGACAAUCCUCAUGAAACACACUUAGAAUAAAGCAUAAAAACAAGAGCAGAACGUUUCCUCAGAUAAUAAAUGCCCUUCAUUAUCACAGAGUCAGUUACAUCUGUCUGUUUGGAGAGAAUAUAGUCUGAUAAUAAUUCUGGUACAAACUGUCCAGCUGUAGUGAUGUUACACAAACAGGACCGAGUGAGCAGGACAUUCAUACGGACUCAUUUAAAUUCAUCUUUAACAGCCUUAUGUAACUCAACAUGACGAUUUCCUCCACUCAUGACUGUGACACACACAGCUGAAUCAUCAGCGUAUAAAAACAACAGCAUCCGACACCCACGAAUCAGAGCUUACUACACCCACAAAUCAGAGCAACACAUGACCAAACGUGAGGACCAGGAGUGAUGUCAGCUCCUAAAUAACAUCUUAAACAGAAUUCAUCUCUCAAUUUUUCAAGAGGAACUUUUUCCACUGGACUGUAAAUAUCAGCUCCAAACCCUUUGAGCCAUGACUCUUUUUCAGCUCACUCUCUUUCUCCUGCUCUCUAACAAAGAUCGGUAAAGAGCAACAGGGUGGACUGAUGGGAGAGAUUUGUACUGUAAUCAUUUGGGAGAGGAUGAGAUGUGUUGGAGGUGAGCUUAAAGUGAAGCUUUGAGAGAAGGUGUAAGAAAACAGAGACGGGUGAAGCUGUGAUCUGACCACAGGGAUAGAUUAGUCUAAAAUAGACCAAGCUGAACUCCAUGGAUACGGAUAUCAGCCUCAGACAGAGGAGAGUAAAUGGGCUAACGCUGCAGAGGAAUGAGCUGCAGAGAAACAAAGAGCUGACAGAAAGGGCAAAGACACGCUGUUUGUCUCUGUCUUGAUGUUGACCUAAUUAAUGCUGCAGUCAGUGAGCAGCUCAGAUGGUUCUUUAAAUACUCUGACUGUUUUCUGAGAGAAAGUUUGAUAACUCCUCUCCUCUCCUCACCCUGUCUUUGCAGAAACUGUCUCAAGAGUUUGAGAUCAAGCGCCUGUCGUUGGAGGAGCAGAGAGACCGUCUGCAGCAGCAGCUUGAUAACCUGAAGGAGGAGCUCUCUGCCAAACUCAACAUGGCAAAUCAAGAGGUAGGACCCCCAGAAACCUCCUGUAGAGUCCAUACGCAAAAAAAACAAACACAUGUUGACCCUCACUGCUCUCCACAGGUGUCUCACCUCCAGGAGCUGGUGAGGGAGGGAGAGCAGAACCUGAGCUCAGCCCAAACCCAGAUCUCCUGUCUGAAGGAGACGCAGGAGAAACUCAGGACCGAGCUGGACGCCACCAGAUCCAGAGUCAGAGAGACCAGCAACCUGCUGACUGAUCUGCAGGUAAGAACUCAGGAAACUGGGACAACAUUUGACUUUGAAACUUGGAGGGUUGGAGGAAGAGUUUGUGUAAAGAGAGAAGGAGCGGGGCAGGUGGUGCUGGUGUGAAACUGGUGCAGCUCCAGUUAUAAAGAGGUGAAAAUAGGAAAGAUGAAUGACCCGAGAAACUCUGUUCAGGAGCUGCAUGGAGCGAGUGAGUGAUGAAGAGAGAGAGACGGAGCACUAUGAUAGCCUCCAUUGAAUGUGAUGAUAGCCACUCAGCCAAUCAGAGCACUCCAAGAAUUUGGCAGGAAGUCAGAGUGUAAAGAGUGAAACAAAGAGGGAGUGACCAAGAGGAAAAGGAAGGAAGAAAAAAAUGGAGGGAGAGAGUAUGAUAGAGUGAAAGCAGGAAGAAAGAAAACCAUUUAGCUAAAAGGGUACAGCUGUGAGGUGGAGGAGGAGGAUGAUAAUGGUGAUGAAGAAGAUGUGAUCUGUAAAAAAAGAGAGAAAGUUGAAGAGUGAUCACACCUUUGAGAAAAUUAAUAGAUUAAGAGGAUCAUUAGAGGAAGAUCUGCACUAAAAAAGAAGAAAAAGAGGGCAGCUACACUAUAAACUCUUUUUCCCGAGGGCUGACUCUUUUCAAAAAGCUGAAUUAUCAUAAAACCAGAAGAACUACACUGUAAAAAUUAGCUUUUAUUUCCACUGUAACAGGUUAUACAGUUAUGAAUGAUGGGAGCUGAACACAGGAUUGUGUCAGUGUUUGAAGCAGGGGCGUCAUUAGGUUUUAUAGACAGUGGAGGCACAGCCCCAGGAGAUGCACAGGAUGUAAACGAAUGUAGCUAACAAAGACUGAGAAAUUUCUUUUUUUAAUGUUUUGACAGAUUGACAAAGAAACAAAACUGUUUCAAAGUUAUAUUUCAGUCAAAGCGUUAUUUCAGUCUGUUUUCUAAUCGAGUUCACAAACACAGGAAGUUAUCUGCUCUUCUUCUCUAACCUGAUCCUGCUCUGAAUCCUCCUGCUCUCUCUGACUUGACCUUGCCUGUUGGUCUUUUCCUCCCUCUGCCUCUCUUUCUGCCUGACCCUUCAAUAUACAUUAAAACACAUUUAAUCAAUAACUGAUCAACAUAGAGACUAAUGCUAUGACUUUUGCUCACAACACAAUGACUGUUUGCUCCCCAAAUAAACUGCACAGUUUACAUUUUGGACGCAUGAGUGACUAAAAUGGUUUAAGAAAAAUAUUACUAUUAAUCAAAGUAGUAUUAAGGUACUCUUCAAAAUAUUUGAGUCAGGCUACUUUGUCUCAUGUAUUUAUAAUUACUAGUUUAAAGUGAAUGUAGAGCAGCUUUUGUCGAACAGAUUAACCCUGAAAUAGAGGAUGAAGUUCAGAGGAGGACAGGAACAAUAAACCUGUUAGUUCUGCUCCAGUUUGGUUCAUUUUAGGGGUAUUGUGUUAAAAAAUAACAGCUUGUUCUUUCUGUUCUGAAGACUGUUUGAUAUCCAGCUCUGACUGCUGAGAUUUACAAAUAUCACCUACAUUAACUCAGAUGAUUUGUGGCAGUUUGCGUUAUGUUAAUAUGUAAAACUAUUCUAAUUGCACUCAUUCAGAAAUUUCAAUCCGUUUAUUAUUCAGCACUAAAUGGUCUUUAUCUCAGUGAACACAGGAGAUGUUGGUCUACCUCUACACUGAUCAGUUACAGUUGAGGCCAAAAUUAUUAGCCCCCAUAUGAAAUUUUAGUUUUUUUUCCCAUAAUUUUCAAAGUGCUGUUCAACAGAUUAUAGAUUUUUUUUACACAGCUUUUCCAAACAUCCCAGUUUUAUUUUGGAUCCUUACAUUAUUUUACUUUGCGCACAGAAACAAAAUUAUUUCACAAAAACCAAAAACUACAAGGGUCAAAAUUAUUAGCCCCCUGAGGCUGAUAGUCAGUUGUUUGUCUUUUUUCUGGAUAACAGCAUGCAGUCGUUUGCUGUAGUUUGUAACAAGGCUCUGGCACAUCUCCUGAGGAAUCCCAGCCCAGUCCUCUUUGGCAAAUCUUUCAAGCUCCUCCAGAUCUGAUGGUCUUCUAGCAUGGACCCUGGUCUUCAGUGCAGCUUCAGAUUUGUAGGAUUUAAAUCAGGGCUUUGUGCAGACCAGUCAAUAACGUUCACUUUGGUUUCCUGGAGGCAGCUCCUCACCAGGAAAGCUGUAUGUUUUGGGUCAUUGAAAUGUUCAGUGGUUCUCAAGUCCAGUCCUCACCUGAUUCAAAUGAUCAGCUCGUUAUUAAACCAUUACAGAGCUUGAUAACGAGCUGAUCAUUUGAAUCAGGUGUGUUGGAGCAGGGAAACAUCCAAAACAUGCAGGACAGUGGGCCUCCAGGACUGGACUUGAGAACCACUGGUCAUGUUGGAAGACAAAGUCACGACCCAGACCCAGUUUUGCUGCUGACUGCUUGAGGUUCUCUUUAAAAUCUUCACAUAUCCUUCUUUUUCCAUUAUUUCUUCAACCUUGACAAGAUUCCAAGUUCCAGAUGCACUGAAACAUCCCCACAGUGUGAUACUCCCACCACCGUGUUUAACUGUAGGGACAGUGUUCUUUGGGUUAUAAGCUUCUCCCUUCUUUCUCCAAACAUAAGCAAUGUCUCUGUGACCAAAGAGCUCUAGUUUGGUCUCAUCUGACCAAAGAACACGUCUCCAGUUUGAACAAUCUUUCUCCAGAUUGUCCUUAGCAGACAAUAGUCUGGCUUGAAGGUGUCUCUUUUGUAGAAUUGAAGUUUUUCUUGGCCUACAUCCUCACAGUCGAUUUCUGUUCAGGUCUCUAGAGACGGUCUUGUUUGACACCAUAAUUCCUGACUUGGCUAAAUUGGUAACUACUGUUUUUGUAGUUGUUCUAGGUUGUUUAGACACAUUCUUACCAGUUUUCUUUCCAGUCUCUUUGAAAUUUUUCGCUUCCUACCUCUCCCAGUCUUGUUCUGUACUGUGUGGAUCUCCUUGAAUUUCUUCUCACUCCACUUCUUUUUAUAUCCUUCUCCUGCUUUGUGAGCAUCGACAACUCUUUUUCUCAAGUCUAAACUGAAUUCUUUUGUUUUUGCCAUGAUGCCUUCUCAAGUGACAGCUCAAACGCAUAAGAGGUUUUUAUACUCUGUGUAAAGUGUAGGACAACCCUUUGUUUUAACUUAAUUGAUUGAUUGAUGACAAGCUGUGAGCACCUGAAAGUGAAAGCACAUGAUCGCACAACAGUGGUUUUUGUUUUGGCUCAAUAAAAACAUUAAUUCUUAAGGGGGCUAAUAAUUUUGGCCUCAACUGUACCAUGUUUGGGUAAAUACAGGCAACAGAGAAACUAAAACGUGCCACUGCUUUAGUGCAGCAGAGAUUUAUGGGUAAGCUGUGUGUUUGUGUCUGUAGGAGGAGAUUGAGACUCAGAGACAGCAGCAUGAUGCCAGAGUGAUGUCCAUCAGGACCGAAGAGAAGCAGAAGAUGGACAAGAUGGCUGAUGACCUAGACCAGAAGUGGAGAGACGCGCUGAGGUCAGACUGACUCUGUCUGCAUUUUAUUUAUACCCUGUAUGUAUAAAUAGCUGUUAUGAACUACGAUAAACCUUCCUCCAUCUGCAGGGAGGAGGUGCGUCUGCUAAAGGAGGAGCUAACAGAGGAAUACGAAGCUGACAAACAGGCGGCUCUGACUCAGCUCUCUCAGCAAAAGGAGUUGGAGAUGAUGGCGGCCAGAGAGAGCUGGCAGAGGAAGGUGGAGGACCUGCUGGAACAGGUGAGACUCACACACCUGGCUGACAGACUGCAGUCUAUCUGAAGAUCCAGGUUUAACUGUUGAUUUCCUGCUGCUAAUGUGACCUUAAUUCAGUAGUUCUCAAGUCCAGUCCUCGAGGCCCACUGUCCUGCAUGUUUUGGAUGUUUUCCUGAUCCAACACACCUGAUUCAAAUGAUCAGCUCGUUAUUACAGAGCUUGAUAACGAGCUGAUCAUUUGAAUCAGGUGUGUUGGAGCAGGGAAACAUUCAAAACAUGCAGGACAGUGGGCCUCGAGGACUGGACUUGAGAACCACUGCCUUAAUUAACCCAUUAGUAGGGCUAACACAAUAGUGAAUCAUUUCUGAAUGUGACAGAGUGUAAAAACUGGAUCAUUCUGAUAGUCCAAUCAAUUGCACAAACUAGCGAUUAUCAGUCUGAUGUAUACAUUCAGAAUCUCCAAAAAGCUCCAACACCACAAAAUUAUAUUAUUGAAUUUUAAGCCUUCGAAAACACUUUUUUGUUUAAGUUUAUGAAAGGUGGUAUAAAAAAAUAUUUGUUUAUUGUAGUGAACUUAUUGUGAACUUUGACCACCAUCUGCUCUCUGGAGAUGACUUUGAUUGACAGCUCUGCUCCAUGUCGAGGCCUGGAGUCAGCCUUCAGCGUAAACAGAGUGUUUCUGUUUACACACACAGACACACAAACACUUCUUCUUGCCGCAUGUGUGUGAGAACGUGAUGUUAAGUCUACAGACACUCUUCACCUGCUCUAAUAUUCACUGAAAUAUUCUCAUGACUGUCAGUCUGAAAACACAGAGGAGUUGAUUUACCUCCUCACACUGAUAUCAGCACUCAAUCUGUGUGUUAGGAGCUCUGCUGCAGUCUGUAUACAGUCUGUAUAUAUGCUACAAAUAUACAGACUGUACAGUGGAUAGAAGUCUUCACACCCCUGUUCAACUGCCAGGUUUUUGUCAUGUAAAAAAACUAAAUCAAGAUAAAUAAUUUCACAACGUCUCCCACCUUUAAUGUGACCUAUAACCUGUACAACACAAUUGAAAAACAAACAGAAAUCUUUCAGGGAGGUGAAGUAAAAAUUAACAACUGAGAUCAUGUGGUUGCAUAAGUGUGCACACCCUUUAAUAACUGGGGAUGUGGCUGUGUUCAGAUUUAACCAAUAACAUUCAAACUCAGGUUAAAUUGGAGUCAGCACACACCUGUCACCAAUUAAAGUGCCUCUGAUUAACCCCAAAUUAAGUUCAGCUGUUCUAGGUGCUUUUCCUGACAUUUUUGUAGCCACAUCUUCCAACACAAGUCAUGGUCCACAGAGAGCUUCCAAAGCAUCAGAGGGAUCUCAUUAUUCAAAGAUAUCAGUCAGGUGAGGGCUACAAAAGAAUUUCCAAGGAAUUAAAUAUACCAUGGAACACAGUAAAGACCGUCAUCAUCAAGAGGAGAAAAUAUGGAACAACGGUGACAUUACCAAGAACAGGACGUCCGUCCAAAAUUGAUGAUAAGACAAGAAGAAAACUGGUCAGGGCGGCUACCAAGAGGCCGACAGCAACACUGAAGGAGCUGCAGGAAUUUCUGGCAAGUACUGGCUGUGUAGUACAUGAGACAACAAUCUCCCGCUGUCUUCAUAUGUCUGGCCUAUGGGGUAGGGUGGUAAGACGGAAGCCUUAUCUUACAGAGAAAAACAUCAAAGCCCGGCUUCAUUUUACAAAAAGACAUCAGAAAUCCCCAAAAUGUGGGAAAAUGUGUUAUGGUCUGAUGAAACCAAAGUUGAACUUUUUGGGCAUCAUUGCAAAAGGUAUAUUUGGUGCAAAAUCAACACUGCUCAUGACCAAAGGAACACCAUACCCACAGUGAAGCAUGGUGGUGGCAGCAUCAUGCUUUGGGGCUGUUUUUCUUCAGCUGGAACUGGUGCCUUAGUCAGGGUGGAGGGAAUUAUGAACAGUUCCAAAUACCAGUCAGUGUUGACACAAAACCUUCGGCCUUCUGCUAGAAAGCUGAAGAUGAAGAUGAACUUCAUCUGUCAUCACGACAAUGACCCAAAGCACACAUCUACAUCAACAAAAGAAUGGCUUCACCAGAAUAAGAUUGAGACUUUGGAAUGGCCCAGCCAGAGUCCAGACCUGAAUCCCAUCGAACAUUUGUGGGGUGAUCUGAAGAGGGCUGUGCACAGGAGAUGCCCUCGCAAUCUGUCAGAUUUGGAGCGGUUUUACAAAGAAGAGUGGGCAAAUAUUUCCACAUCAAGAUGUGCCACACUGAUAGACUCCUACCCAAAAAGACUGAGUGCUGUAAUAAAAGCCAAAGGUGCUGCAACAAAGUAUUAGUUUAAGGGUGUGUAUAUUUAUGCAGCCAGGUUAUUUUAACUUUUCUAUUUUAUAUUUUUCCCCUUAAAGGUUUCAGUUUGUUUUUCAAUUGCAUUGUACAGGUUAUAGGUCACAUUAAAGGUGAAAAAAGAUGUGAAAAUAUUUAUUUAUGUUGUCAUUUUCUUACAUCACGAAAACCUGGCAGUUGAACAGGGGUGUGUAGACUUAAAUCCACUGUAUAUCUGCAGCAUGUUUACAGUCUCUGUAGUUAUCUGUCUCUAUAGUCAGUUAUCCUGGGUCCUGUGGGUUGAGAUGGUCUGAUUGAGGAUUACCUCUCUGUAGUAACACUCAGGACUCUGUGGUGGUCUGAUGCCUCCUGCAGAGCUCAGCAGACUGCCCUUGGCUAAUUUAACCCAUCAGAGUCUCAGCUGAAAGCUCAGAGAGACUUGACCUGAGAUACCAGAGGACUGACUGAAACAGUUUGUGACAAGCUAGAAAUAGAAAACUCUUCAGACUGUAAGUUACCACACAUCAGAGUGAAAAGGGAGAUAGUUUUAGAUUGAAGAUUUUUAUCAAUAAAAAGAGGAGAGAGAACUCAGAUCAAGAAUAUAACAGCAGUUUAGAAUGGGAGACAGAAAACCAACAAAAGCGUCUGUUCACUAAUAAACAGUAACUAGCAGGACAGUUAACUCAGGAGACGCUGAAACCUACUUUGAUAUUUAAUUUUACUAUGGAGACUUUAAUGUUUUCUGUUUGUCAUCUGAGAAAUAGUGACCAAUCAGCAUCUGUGUGAAUUACUUUUUACAGUGAAACUAAGACCCACCAGGUUUAUACCACCUAAAUUAGCCAGAGUGAAGCCUCUUUGUCACCUCUUCUUUCCAGUGAAGUUGACACUGUCCCCAAACAGAUGAACAGGCACUCUUGUAGGCUAUUUUGCUGACCUAUCCGUGGAGUUCAAUUUCUUCAUUAUUUAAAUCUGAACAUAUGUUUCUUCAAAAGUUUCUGAUUAGGCCGUUUUACAGCACAUGGAAAUGAAGUUUCACCUCACUCACUCAGCUCAUACAGCUCAAACCGUUGCCCAUCGCUCUCAAAGAAUGUAGAUUAUUCUGUGAGGAUAUCUGCUGGUCCAGAUCUGGAUGUUUGUUCAGCAUGUAUAAAUAUUAAUGUGUGUAUUUGUGAGUGUGUGUAAAUAUAGCCACCAGGUUUGAAUAUAGAGAGGCUCAUACAGUAUAGAUGAGUGUGGGACCGGGCCUGCUCUCAGGUAGGACCACAGAGAUGGGAGCUUCACUGACCUACUUCCAUCUGAUGAAUCUUUCUCUGAGCAGGUCACUGUAUCUGAAACUCUUUAAUAGCUCGAUGAGGCUCAGAUAUCUGCUGUCAGAAAGACUCACUCUGUUCUCUGAGGAUCCAAACAACUGUCAAAGUGACAGCACGCCGUCUUAUAUAACAGAUCUGCUGUCAGAGGCAGAGAAAUGAUAGGAAAAAUAAGCUCAAACAUAGAGAAACAGACCUUCGUUUGAAAAGUGACACCAUUAUUUUUAGUUUCCUGUCCACAGCUCAAUUUAGAGAUACAUUUCUCUGCAUCCUCUCACUGUUAGACUCCAUCAUAUUAAACCUAGUUUUUUCUUUAACUCUGCUGCAGAGUUAGCAUUGCACUGCAGAUUAGGCUGCAAAUGCACCAAACAUCCUGCAAACCUUCCCCCUCAUGGGCUGUUUCUCUGCCUGACAGCCUCACUGCUUCUCUGCUGAGACACUUAUUGAUUUUUAGGAAAGGUCAGCCUGGAGUCAGAAAGCUUCUUUACAUCCAGAUGAGUCCGAGUUUUAAGGUAAACAAGCAGAAAUCAGAGAAUUCUGUAGCUGCACUGGCUUAGUUUUUUAUAAAAGAGUGAGUCUUUAUCUGUACUGACUCUGGGCUCUAUUUUCGUGCCCGCCGGCGAUAUGGCAGAGGGUGGCGGACCCCGUGCAGUGGUAUUUUCGUCUGGCGGAGCCUGGUGCACAGCCAGUUUGGUAUUUUUAUGGACUGAGGCGCACUGAGGUCUGCCAAGCUGGGCGUGAUGGCGCGGUAGGGGGAGGUGUUGACAGAAUCAGCUGGUGCAGUGACAUUUUAGUGCUUGCCGGCAGCGUAGAAAGUGUGCUGAAAGCUCGCAGAUUCAAACCUGGUCAGCUUUCAAUGAAGGCGCAGCGCACCUGGUCUAGUGGUAUUUUGGUAGACCGGCGGCGUGGUGCCCACAUGUCACUGAAGCCUCACCGGCAGGUUUCCACAGUGUCAGGCACAGUUCAGUGCAAUAAAUAAUCAAUAAUAACUAAUAAUCUGAGUCAGGAAAUACAUUUCUCUUUGACUACUGCACGAAAAUAGUAAUACGCCUCUCCAUAAACCCACUCCACGCCUUCUCUCCUCCUCUCACUAUUACCUAGCCGCUGGGAGGAGCUGAGUUAGGGAGGGGGGACACUUACGCCGGGCUGCGCUGCUCACCAAAAUACCAAAUUGUGCUUGGGCACGCCUUGUCGGCGCGGCGGACCUGACUUAUGCUGCGCCUACGCCACGUUGCAGGCGAGGAUUGAAAAUAGGGCCCCCUGUGUUUAUAAGACAGUGAACCUUUGCCUGUACUGACUCUCUCUCCAUCAGGUGGCGUUCAUCAGGAGGCUGGGCUGCAGGCUCUUUGUCUCAUUACCUCUGCUAGGACCAGAGUCUGUGGUUUAUCUUUUUUCAGGUGUUUCCUCCUCCUGUUUCAGCAGGUAGAUUCUCACAGAGGAUUUAUAAGGGAGAGGUCCUUCCUCUUAAACUCAGAUCCAGACUUCAUCGGCCACCCUUCUCAUCCUCUCUAUUUAAAUCCAUCUUACCUCCUCUCAGUCAUGUAGUCCUGCCAAAGCUCUAAAUCCUGCAGAGGAUUUAAGACUCUGCAGCUGGUGGAGGAGGUCCCAAGAGUUCACUCAGACCUCUGAGAGUUCAAAGACCCCUCCAAAAUAAAAGCCUGAGCUUCAGUGGUUCUCUGUUUGAUUCCAGCAAAGAGGAUCAAGUCUGAGCAGACAGUUUUUCUGUCAAGAUGAAAGAGUGAACAGCAGAAGGAGAAGGAAAAAAGAGAGAGUUGGUGUUUUUAUUGUUAAACUGAUGAAGAGCGCGGAUAAUAGAGCAGCUUUAAAACAUGAAAUACCUGUUUUCUCGGAGGAAGAUGCUAAAUAAGUUUUGACUUUUCUGCUCAGAAAUAAAACAGGCUGGAUAUUUUAGGGGAGACGCUGAUUCGUUUGAGCGCUUCGGAAUAAAAUAAAAAACAAAUACAUUUGACAAGUCUGUAGGAGAGAAAUGAGAUGAUCUAAAAAUUAAAAACUGCGUCACACUCACUUUGUAAAAAUAUGGAUUCACUUACAUCAUUUUGAUACUGCAGAUCUUCAUCAGAUGAGAAUAGAAAUUGAUUGAUUUGUAUUUUAGUAUUUGAUGAUCAGGACAUUCAAGUUCAGUUUGGUUAUUUUCUGUUCUGGCCUGAUACAGGACUGUAACUGACUGUCCGACAAGGUGCAGAAAUGUGCAGGUACAUGUUUUUUUUAACAGAAAUUUUUACCUGUUUUUUUCUCUGUGUCGGGAAGAGCCUCUGCUUCUCCAGGAUACAAGACAGGGUGGGCUCUAAGAGAAAAACACCGGUCUAAAGUCCUGAACAGUAAACUUGUGCACAGCUCAGCCUGUGCAGGUUAAGAGCUGCUGCAUUAAUGUGUCAAUCACAUGAAGCACUGAAUUAUUUAACACCAGGGGGAGAUGUUAAGUUUGAGUCCCAGCUCAGACUCUUUUCCGUACAUCCUUUCCCUCUCUCUGCUCCCUGUUUCUUUUGCAAAAAUGCCAGAAAACAAUUAUAUUCCAUCAGCCGAUACUUGUGUUUAUUGUCUAAAAGAUCAGAGUCUCUUCUCUGUUCAGGUUAAAAAGGACUGGAAGCAUGUGAUGUGAAAGUGGAGCAGAUAAAUCCAUCACCUGGAUUUAUUUUUGUACGAAACCUUAAAAAUAUCCCCAAACUCUGUCCGUCCCUGCCUCCUCAUCUUUAAACAUUUAUUCUCUCUCUGUCUCUCUUUGUCUCUUUCCCUCUGUACAGAUCUCUCUGCUGAAACAGUCUCUGGAGCUGCAGCUCUCUCAGUCUCAGUCAGCCCUGCAGCAGCUGCAGUCUCAGUUCAACCAGGAGAGGGAGCUGCUGAGCCAACAACUCAAAGGUGAGAUACUUAAGUGGUUCUCAAGUCCAGUCCUCGAGGCCCACUGUCCUUCAUGGUUUGGAUGUUUCCCUGCUCCAGCACACCUGAUUCAAAUGAUCAGCUCGUUAUCAAGCUCUGUAUGGCUUACUAACGAGCUGAUCAUUUGAAUCAGGUGUGUUGGAGCAGGGAAACAUCCAAAACAUGCAGGACAGUGGGCCUCGAGGACUGGACUUGAGAACCACUGAGAUACAUGACACCAGUCCGUCAGCUGUCUUCUGAGCAGACUGAACAUCUCUGCAGCUUUGUACGAUAAAGACAAAAUCUGCACCUAAGUUUUAUUCUUAAAUUUUACUUUUUAAAAACUUAAACCAAGAUAUUCAAGAUUACAUUUAAUGAAGCUAAAUUUAUACUGUGUGUGUGUGUGUGUGUGUGUGUGUGUGUGUGUGUGUGCAGAGAUGCAGAGGGAGCACCAGCGAAGGGAGCACCGCCUGCAGGAGGCACACUGCUGCGCUCUGAGCACCAUGGAGGAGGCCCGACAGCACCAGAUUAGGGUAUACACAUGCACACACAAAGGCCUAUGCACAGACAGGAGUGUGUGUGUUCUCCUGUAGAUGAUAGUUGAUGUUUUAGCCUCAUGUCUUUGUUUCCUCUGAAGUUAAGCUCUGUGGCUUCAGCUGUAAAACUCUGAAUAUUCAGAAUUGAGGUCUGACCCUAAAUAUCUGUAACAGAUGGUUUAUCUGGAAGCCAAAGAAAUCAGACACAGAGUGUGAUUUGGAUAAAGUAGAAACGGAGUCUCAUUUAGUGAUGGGCACGGCAGUUCUUUUAGAUGUACUGAAUCACGAGAAUCAGUUCACUGAAAAGAUUCGUUCAAAAGAUUCGCUCAUCGAAUCAUUAAAUCAUGUAGCGCUUGGCGGGAGGAGCCUGUGACUCAGACCUCCUGAACUAAUACACAGCUGAACAGUUCAGGAUUCAGCUUCUGGGACCAGGAGACAAGAGUGUUUGGCUGUUUUACUUUGACAAACAGGUUUGUAAAAAUGAACUUGUUUAUAAAUCACAAUGUUUUAAGUUUACUGUCCUAUGGUUUGCUAUUUAUCAGGUCUGCUUGGUAAAUCAGACUCAAUGAGUGAUUCGUUCACUGAACGCAUAGAAGAAUUCACACUGAACAUGCUUCGUUCUCUCGCAAACUGCUGCAAUGAUCAGAUGCUGCGGGUUUUAUGCACUACUUGUUACAUGUGUUACUGUGUCCUAUUGUGUGCAAGUUGGUGUGGUGGCAAUUUAGCUGUAAAGAAAGAAAAAAGUUAGUUUUGUCAUACAAAAAUGAUUCCAGGGAGUGGAAUUCAAUGCGUGAUUCCUUUACCAAGUGAUUCAGGUGUCGGUGCAUGUGAUCCCUUGUUCGCCGGCUGCUCGCCCGGCAAUGCUGCGUGCUGUAGCAGUUGCCCUGCUGACAGCUCAACUGAAGUGAGAAAUGAACUAAUCACUUGAGGAAGUGAUCCGGUUCAGUACGUUCACUUAAAAGAUUUGGUUCUUUUGAAGCAAUCGUUCGCGAAUGACACAAAACAAGUCUCGUUUUCUUUUGAGCUGUACAACCUUACAGGGCCAUGGUUUCAUGAAGUCACUCAUCUACAGGUAGUUCUUAGAUACACCCUUAUGGUGCACCUGGACACAUCAUCAGUGAUGUAACCUGAGAUCUGGGGGGUUUCGGGUCUUUCAACAAUCACACCCCCUCCUCAAGGUGACACAGCUGGGGUUGAUCAGGCCAGGUAGCUUUACCCUACAAGCCACGCCUCUCCCCUCCUGAUCCACAGCCACCUUUGCUGCAUCCGUGGCCCACUUGAUGGCCCUCCACUGCCUGGCUCCCUGUGAUGCCCAGCAUCUUGUAGGCCCUGCAGAGGGAUCGGCCCACAAAACUUUGGCAUCCCACCUCGAUGGGUUGGCAUGUUACCCACCAUCCAUUGUUCCAGCACUCCUCCACUAGCCCAGAGUACUUAUCCUUCUUCCUCUCAUGGACCUCCUCCAUCCGGUCCUCCCUGAGAGAAUCACCUGCCUGGAUGCUGCUGAAGUGAGGACGAUGUCUGGGCUUGAUGUUGUUUUAGCAACCGCCUCUGGGAGCUUCAACUGCCUACCCAGGUCAACUCUCAGCUCCCAAUCACAUGCUGUUGCCAACAGGUUAGGGGUGGUAUUUCAUGCGGUGAUGGUGUUCCUUGCUGGACGGAGGCUCUUGCUGUAGCUAAUCCCACUGCAGAUGGUGUCCGCUAUGGCCUUCAGGACCUGGUAUAAUAUUUCCAGGUGCCUUCACUAAUGAGCUCACCUUCCUGGUUGCUCAUUGGAAGCAGCUGGUUCAGUGACAGAGCAGAACAAAUACAUGGCAAGGAGAUGAUUGGUGACUCCACAAUUCCCAUCUCUGCUUCAUAGGAUUUUCAAAGGCCACAUGAUUGUGCUAUGCAUCUUCACAUCUUUUUAUUUACAUUUCAACACAGAGGCUGCGAGACACAGUGAGAAAAAAAACACCCAAAAAAAAUGAAUCCUGCGAAAGAAAAGAGCUAAAUUUAUACUGUGUGUGUGUGUGUGUGUGUGUGUGUGUGUGUGUGUGUGUGUGUGUGUGUGUGUGUGUGUGUGCAGAGAUGCAGAGGGAGCACCAGCGAAGGGAGCACCGCCUGCAGGAGGCACACUGCUGCGCUCUGAGCACUCCUUGAGGCCCCUGCUCCAACACACCUGAUUCAAAUGAUCAGCUCGUUAUUAAGCCAGUCCAGAGCUUGAUAACGAGCUCAUCAUUUGAAUCAGGUGUGUUGGAGCAGGGAAACAUCCAAAACAUGCAGGGCAGUGGGUCUCCAGGACUAGACUUGAGAACCACUGGUCCAAAGGCUUGACAUCAAGAAAAGAAAAGAUGAAAUUGAUCCUUAUGAGCACCAAACAAUUGCCUAUUGUCACAGACACACAAGCAGCACACAUAUAUGAACCACUUUAACAGAUCAGAACUUUGCUCACAGGGAAACACAUUUGAUGUAACGCAGAAAGGUGCGUUCCUCUUGUUUAGUAAAGUCAUGAAGUUUCCCAUUUUUUUAGUGUAGUGGGUUUCUUUACUUUGUUACCCCAAAAAAGUUAAAUCGUUACUGUAAUCCAUUACUUUGUAAUGUGUUACCCCCAACACUGGUUGCAAUUACUUCAAGUAAAAGUUGCAGAUCUUGAUUUAAACAGAGGUAGGCCUAUGGUGCACAUAGAAGCUGAAGAGUCUGUACUCUGAUAACUCCUUUUAAACAUGUUUACACUCUGAACAGCACACUCAAACUUAACUUACAUCAAAUAAAUAUUUAAAUUAAGUCAUGUUUUAAAUAAAUACUGAAGAAAUGUUAGUGACUGCAGCUGCUGUUUCCCUCCUCUCUCUCUCUCUCUUUCGUCAACAGGCUCUGGAGGAGCGUCUGAAGCAGGAACAGAGGGAGGAGGUCCAUGCUCUGAAGGAGGCCCACAGGAGGACGUUGGACAUCCUCAGACAGCAGUCAGACCAGGAGCUGCAGACACUUCGCUUCGAGCUGGAGGACGAGGGGAAGGCCAAACUAGGUCAGAGAAACAAUGACAGACUACAAAAACAUUUAUAUACUGUAUUUAAUUCAUAUCUUUAUUUAUAUGAUGAUAUUUUCUAUUUUAAACUCCCUGACUCUGUUUGACUCUCUGUUUCUGACAUCUGUGCAGCGUCUCUACGAGCAGAGCUAAAUCACCUCCAUGCCACUGCCAUCGAACACCUGAAGCAGAUCCACCUGAAGGAGAACACGACAGCUAAACGGGAGCUGGAGAAAGCUAUAGAGCACACCCACCAGCAGGUACGCUCCUCCUCUAUCAUCAUUGGUACUUCAUCUCUCUUAGCAUCUCCUUUUUAUUUGACUUCUUCAUUUCCUUCCAUCAGGAGCAGGAUCUUCUGAUCCGGAUCUCAGACCUGGAGACAGAGGUUUGUUCCCGUAGCAACCGCAUCACGGACCUGGACCACGAGAUCCACUCCCUGAACGAGACCAUCGACACGCUGACCAGAGAGCUGGAGCUGAAGGGGAAGGAGGUGCUGAGGGUCCGCAGUGAGGCCAACCACCAGAUCAGGUGGGUGAGGAGAAUCUGAAGAGAGGGGUGAGGAUGGGGGAGGACAGGGAACUCUACACCCACCCUCUGAACCAUCACUUAUCACACAGAUCUCCUGCUCAGGCUCAGAUCACCUGUUUACAUCUGAGAGACUUGAUUUUAAACUCUGAAUGUGUCUCGACCGCAGGGCCCAUGAGCAGGAUCUGACAAAGAGACAUGAGAGGGACCUGGGGGAGAUGAGCAUCUUGCACCACAGAGAGACUCAGAUCAUGUUGGCAGACUUUAACAAAGCCCAGGAGGUGCUGAAGGACAAGAUCUCAGCUCUGCAGAUCCUGUAAGACGUUCUGAAUCAUGUCUCUGCUAGACAGAUGAAUCUUCUUGUCUUACACUCUCUGUCCUCUGAUUUAAUGAUGUUUCUACGAAUGUUUAGGCUGGAGGGAACAGAGGAGAAACUGAGGAACAGAGAAAGCCGACCUGAGGAUCUUCACCUGAUCGCUGAGCUCAGAGAGAUGGUGACAGAGAGAGAGGCUCUGGUCAAGAAGCUGGUGGUGAGUUACAAUGUUGGGUUUAUGCACAAUACUAAUCUCAAGACCAGCUGGAAUAAAGCCAGAAUCAGUCUGAAAUUUAAACAUGUUGAUAAUAAAGCCUCUUAGUUUUUCUUUAUAUGAUCCUGUAUAUGAUUAAAUAAAUAAAGUUCUUCUCAUCUUAUCUUUAAGUUUUGUGAUUCAUAAUUAAAAGUGGACCAUCAGCUCACAGGCUGCAGUAAAGUCACAUACAGUGAGCUGAAGAUUUUUCAAUAUGCUCUUUGAACAUUUUAUAUGAUCCACUUAAAAUCAAUCUGAAAUAAAACAGCCAUGAUGUAAAUGUGACCUUUGAUUGUAGAGUUGUAAUGUAAGAAUAAGAAUAACUUUAUUAUUUACAGAUUUAUUAUUAUUUAUUUAUUAUUUACAGCAUAUUUACAGAUGCUCCAUUAGCCUGAUACUUCCUGUUGUUGGUCUCCUCCUCGAGAUGAUGAAAAGUUCUACCCACUUGAGCUCAUUUAAAACACUAAAAUUAAACAGUUUUAAUUAGUUUGAAUGAUGAUACUUUAACUAAAGAGUCUAUAUUUAACCAAAACCUUUUUAAAUAGUUCUAAAUAAAUAUUUGUUACAUCUGUCAGGUAUGAUAAUAUAAUAUAAUGUAGUAUAAUAUAAUAUAAUAUAAUAUAAUGUAGUAUAAUAUAGGAUAAUAUCAUGUAAUAUAAUGUAGUUUAAUAUAAUAUAAUGUAAUGUAGUAUAAUAUAAGAUAAUUUAAUGUAAUAUAAUGUAAUUUAAUAUAAUAUAAUAUUAUGUAAUAUAACCUUUGUUUUGUCUCCUCUUCAGGAUGAUAAAAAGUUCUACCAGCUUGAGCUGGUAAACAGAGAAACCGGCUUCAGCAAGGUCUUUAACUCCAGUGCCAAUGUGGGUGUCAUCAACCCUCUGAUCAAGGUGAGUCUCUAAGGCAGGGGGCGGAGCUUCAGGUGAGCCGGGUGACUGUCCCGUCAUGCAAUGCUGAUUACGCUGACACAGUUUGGUGUGCUCAUUUAUCUGUUUAGUCCAUCUCCUCCCUCCAACAGUUUCAGUGCAAUACACUUAAUUUACACUUGAACUAACAGUAGGAGCGCAUGUGAGUGGUGUUAACACAGAUGUUAAUCCUGCAAUGCAUCACUUUGCAUCAAUAUGACAGAUAUUAAUACAGAGUUUUACCUCUGCAAAGAUAAUAAUAUCUGAUGGACACUGAUGGGUUGUUUGAUCCCUGUCAUUGAAAAUAAGAAUACUACAACUGGACAAAUCCGGUGUAGAGAUAUGAUGUAGAACGACAGCAUCACUGAAAUAUUAAUUUUAAUGUUGAUGCUCAAUCAGCAGCAUUUUUUAUUAAAGCAACAUCACCUUUAGAUCUUUAAUCACUCAUCACUGAAAACAUGAUUCAGGUUUACAUGGAAAUUGAAUUGAUGAUUCAUCACGUCUCCCUGCUGAGCAACAAGACAACUCCUUUUAAUUUUGCAGUUUGGUUUGAAUAUUUAUGAUGCUAAACUCGGAGGUCAGGAGAAGCUCUCAAAUGUGUGGUUAAAAUGCUGUUUGUAAAUUAGAAUCAAUUUGACCUUUUGUCAGUACCAUCGCAGUUGAGGUGUACUGUUGUCUUUAUACAUUAGUCAAUAUCACAACAUUAGAGUCUGUGUUUCUUGUAUCUUGGAUGACGGUCUGAAUGCCAGGGGUGCAGUUUGGUGAGGAGACUUUUCUGAUGUAGUUUGAAUCAAAUGCUGUUUUUUGAAUGGAGUUUUUUGGGGGUACAUUUUUGACUCGACAUCAGAAUAUGGGAAGAAUUCAAACAGUGACGGAUGGUUUUUGUUUCAGUGUUUAUGAAAAGUUGAAGGACAUGUUUCUGCAAAGUUAAGCUGGACAGAAGUUUCUGAGGUUCUUGUGCAUUUCCAUUUGCUUUAUUUAUGCAGUAAUGAUCUGUAUUUGUUUUUUAACUCUGAUUAGUUCAGGAUGUUUUUUACGUCUCUGUUUUUGUGACGCUCCCUGCAGCUCAGAUUCAGAUGUGUUGAUUUUAUCGAUUUAGUUUUUAUGUCAUUAAAGCUGAUAGUUGAACCUCGGCUCAGAUAAUAAAUAGUCUGAAUCAUUCAGAGCAGGUUAUUGAUUCCUCAGGUGAUAAAUUGAGCUUUAAUUUAGUUUGAUUCUCUGUGAGCUCAGAUUGGAUUAAAACUGAUCUGCAGAGGAAAACUCUAUUCACAUCAGCUCCAUGCUGUAAAAUAUCAGCCUGUUAUCCUGACUUUAUCUGUCUGUGAGAGCGCAUGUACAGUAAUGUAGCAGUCAUAUUUUUGGACAUCACAAGUGUGAUGCUCAGGACUCAGUAACAUAGACCUAAUGUAUUUGCAAUAGCAGUUAUAGGACAGUGAUAUUUUUAAUGUGUUUUAACCAUGACUCAAAGUCUCAGUACAGACAUAAAGAGCAGACUAUCAGCAGGAAUGAAUGAACUUCAUAAGAAGAAAGACACAGCAAAAUUUAGACAUGUUAUAAUUGCGAAACUCAGUGCAACAAUGGAAAUGUGCUGCAACUCAAAAUAGGCUGUAAAAAGACUGAACAGCUGCAUGAACAGCAAACACACUGGGCUCUAUUUCGUGCCUCGCCGGCGGCGUGGCAUAGGCACAGCAUAAGUCAGGUCCGGCGUAAGUAUCCCCCCUCCCUAACUCAGCUUUCUCUCAUUGAUGUUGGCAUAUAAAAUAAAUUUGGCUCACAAAACUGAAUGUUAUAAUAUCCGUAUGUAGGCUUAAAGUAAAUAACUCAUCUGAUCACUAAAAUAAAUAAUCUGUUCAGCCGCCGCAGCAGGACAGGGAAAGGACACGGACAUAUGUCCAGGUCAAGCUGUGCGAGAAAUAAGAGGAAAAGGAAGAUAGAAAUACAGGGGAGACGAAUUAAAUAUCUUGUUCACUUCAUCAUGUGUGUUUAUUUACUAGAUAUUUCAUUUCAUUUCAUUCAGCACUCUUUCUACGCCGCCAGCGGGCAUGAAAAUGUCACUGCGCCAGCUGAUUCUGUCGACACCUCCCCCUGCCGCACCACCACGCCCAGCUUGGCGGACCUUGGUGCGCAUCAGUCUAUGAAAAUACCAAACUGGCUGUGCACUGGGCUCCGCCAGACGAAAAUACCCCUGCACGGGGUCCAGCACCCUCUGCCGCACUGCCGGCAGGCACGAAAAUAGAGCCCACUGAGUCAGACAACUUUUUUUUGAGAACUCAAACUGUGAGUGAAGUCAGAACAAAAUCAAAAAGUCAAGUCAUCUGGUUCCUGUUGGUCCUUCAAAAUAAAAUCUCACUCCAGCCACUGUUCUGCUUUUUAAUGGACUUUUUAAAGGUUUAGAUUUCAACAGCCUGAGCAGACGGCUCAUUCACAGAUCAUCCUCAGGUUUACUCCUUUACUCAAGGAAAUCAGCUGAUCUAUAAAUCACACGAUCCUCCUCAGAGCCGAGCCUCUGUUUAGCAUCCUCUCCCUUUCUCUCCUCUUCCUCAGCAUCCUCCUCUUCCUCCUCCCCCCUCUUCCUCCCCUCUUCGUCCUCCUCUUCCCCCCAUGCAGAGCCCUGCUCUUCCUCCUCCUCCUCUUCCUCAGGGAGUCCUGGUGUACAGCUGCAGGAGGUGAGCCUGUCUGAUUUUUUCACCUCGGUUCCCCUGCAGGUCACAUGAUUCACAGAGAGUCAUGUGACCUGCCUGCAUCCUCACCUGUCUGCAGCCCUCACCUUACUCCCCUCGGUCAUCACCCACCUCCCCCCUGUCCUCCCCCUGAGUCUGAUGAAAGGCUGCGAGAGGAUUCCUGCAGGGCCUUAGAGUUCAACUCAAACAGCUGAUACUCUGUAGACACGCCAGACUCCAUUCAUAAAAACUGGAAUUUUAGCCUGUAAAUAAUGGGAGUUUUUGAUUUACUCCUGCAUUGAAAGGUUGCUCUAAUCAGGUUAUUUUGUGACACAUAUUUGUGUUGGAUUUAACCUCAACUGUCUGACCAAGACAGAGCUAGAUCACCAACUCCUGUAUCCUGCUUUUUUUUAACACAGUCUAAAGUAAGUGAUCAGAUGUCUGUGUCGAGUUAAAAAAGUAACCCAACUUUUUGUCUUUUUGACACCAGAAAAAUCUUUCUUUUUUCCUCCUUGGAGAGAUCAGACUUACUGACAGCAUCAGGAAUCUAACCCUGGUUUUAAAAGAAGGAGUUGCUGGCCUACCUCUGCCUCCAUCAGUUAGUUUAAUGUGCACAUUUUUAUGUAAAACAUUUUGGGGUUUAAGUGACUGUUUCAAACAUGUCAGUUAUACAAUCAAACUAACAUGCCGAGGCAGAGGUAAACCAACAACUCCUGUGUCCUUUGAGGGUAUAUUCCUGUUUUUUCUAAUGAGGUUUGGCGGCUUAAAAGAAGGUGCUGUGUUUGUGUCUUGUUGAGAAAGAGCAUCAACUCUUUUGGGAUGACUACUGACAACAAUAAGAAUUUUUCUCUCUAAAACAAGAGUUGCUGGUCUGCUCCGUCUAAAACAGUCAGUUUUUUUUGUCAUUUCUGUUAAAUAACUAUGAAUUAUACUAUUUGAACGACAUAAGGUCACACCAUAUGAGGAUUAAGCUUAGAGUUCAAAGCAGAGGUAGAUCAGUAACUCCUGUUUUAUCCUCAUUGUAGUCUGUGUCUGUAGAGCGGUGGAUCAGCUGUUUCUGGAUAAAUAAAAUACUCACCCCCUGGAACAUAAAACUCUCUCUCUGCAGGGAUCCUUCUUGAAAUACUGUCAGACUCUGAGAAUAACUACCUAAGCCUGUCAGGGACAAAAAGUACAACCUUUACUGCCUCACUGAUAAAUGCUGCAGAUGUUACAGGCAGAUAAGCUGCAGGGGCAGGAAGAAAUCUGUAGCAGUUUAACCAACAGGAAAGUCAGCUUGAUUCACUUUUAGACUCUGGUGCUUUUCGGUGUGUUGCAUGUCUAUGAAAAAGUGUCAGCGACAAGAGUGAGUCUGCAAGGGGCUUUGAAUAAAGUGUACCCUUACUUAAGGACUCAGAAGUUCACCAGCCCCUACUGUUUACUCUUUCUGAUAACAGACUGAGCCAAUAACAGACUGAGCCAAUAGCAGACGAUCAUUUCUUUGACUAGCUGCUCUUUCAGCCAACAGGAAGCGGUUCUUAUUUUGUGCAGCAUGUUUUGAUCAAGACAGAGGACAGUCUCUAUUGAGUGUGUGUAAAGAAGACAGAGCACAAAAGUAUGCAUCACCAGAUGAUAAUACAGUAACUUUAUUUAUCCCCAAAGGGACAAUCCAGUCAAGUGAGAGGAGAGGAUGACAUGGUUGAAGUCUCCUGGUAUUAUAACAAGUGCCUCAGGAUGUUGAGUCACAACUGAACCAUUGAGAAUACAUGUAAACAAGUAUUAUGCUAUGACUGAACUCCCUUGGAACAUAAUAUGGAUGAAGAGCGAUUGCCAACAGUUGAACGCCCUGCCAAACUUUGCCCCGCACUAGUGUUGUAGUACUCGAGAUUGGUCUUGGUCUCGAGACUGUUUUUUGAGGGUCUUGGUGUCGUCUCAGAAUCGAAGGCAUUUUCACUCAGUCUUGGUCCUCUCUGGUCUCGUAAAUGUCUUGGUCUCGGUUGGUGCGGUCUUGACUACAACACUACCCCCGCACAGAAAGUCUGCACUGGAUCAGGGUGAAGGAGUUACUGUUCAUCCAGUGGAGAGACAUUCAGGAUGUGUUCAUCUGCUCCAGCAUACGUUGAACACAGGUGGACGUUCCCAUCCCUGUUGCUGUGAAGGUCUUUCACCAGCAUGUCUCGGAUGUGGACUUUCCAAUCAGCCUCUCCAAAGUGACCCAGAAGUGGUACAGCCGCUUCGUUUACCACUUUGUGGACAUGGCAGUGGUGAACGCCUACCUCCUGAUCUGAAAACUCACCAAAGUGAAGAGGAACAAAGCCCUGACCCUGGGAGGCUUUCAAGGACACCCUUGUCAUGGAUCAGAAACCACAACAGACCCUAACCCCAAACUUCUCCUCCCACUUACAGCUCCACCAUCCUGUGAAGCCCCACUAUACCUGCCAUCGAGGAGAAACUGCUACAACGGGUGGGACAAUUGACCCAGAGACCACCACACUCUCAACAAACACAAGAAGAUACUGUAAAUAUGAUAUAAAUACUUCAUACUGGUUUAGUUCCUGUUUGUUUCCUGUUUUGAUUGAAAAAAUAAACACGACCAUGUCUCCUCCUGGACGUCUGUUUCUACAUCAGUAUUGUCAGAGUUCUAAAGUGACAUGAAACCACUUUAGAUUUUAUCACAGCCAGAUCAGUUAGUGUCUGUCUGGAGAGGUUUAUAUAAAGUGUUGUUCUGCAUCUGUUCAGACUGAUAGCAGAAACUUUAACUUUUGAUUUUGAUUCUUCAUGGUGUAACAUCUCUGUUUUUUUACCCAUCGUGCAUCCAUCAGAGAGUCUUGGAAUUGUUUGAAACCGGGUAAUCGAGUCUCUGUGGACUCUGAGUGAUGCAAAGAGCAGUCAGACUGCAGCUCCGGCUUUAAACAGAUUGGUUAAUGCUGUAUCAGAAUUUUUGUUCCUUUCUGCAGUUUCUGCAGCUCAGAGGACUCAGAGAUCAGAGGUCUGCAGACUGAGGAAAUACAGACAGAAACAUCAGAGUUUAAAUGUUAAUGUUUCAUUUAUCUUCAUCAGAUAUCAGAGACAGGCCGCGUCCUUCAUGCUGAUCUUUGAUCUCAGUCCAAACACCCAAACCUUUGCUCAGAUAAUUCGAUAUUAUGUGUCUGCAGAGCCUGAGGCUGCAGCUACAGGACCCAAUUUCUGAGACUGCAUCUCUGAGACCCUGUUUUUGUUGUUUUAUAUGGUUUUAGGGAAAAAUCCUGUCACAUUAUUGUAAAUUAUCAUUUAAUUGAGUAAAUUUAAGAGGGGUCUGGAGGUAUUUCUCUAUUUUAGUCCCAUCCCUGAAUGAAAUCAGUUUUUACUGUUACUGUAUUAACCUGUGUGUGUUUCUUUCUGUGUGUUUUACAGCCUUCCUGAGGCCCACAACACAUCUAUCCCCACCCUGAGGGGGGAGGAUGGGGGAGGACUGAAACACCCCCUUCCUUAUGAAGAGGAAGAGGAGCUGUACUCGCAGUACUUCACCUUCUGACUGCAAAAAAUCCCAUCAUGCACCACGUUUCUGUAAAAUAACCACCUGGAUCAGCGGGGCAGAGAGUUGAGGUCAGACACUCUGCAGCUUCACUUCACACAGGUGUGCUCAGGUGGGACAGAAGGAGUGACCCCACUGGGCUUCCAUACUUUAGUACACACUGAUCUGGGUUCAUGUGAACUCAAAAGAAAUACACAUGAGAGGAUAAGAAGAGCUGCACAGAGAUAAAACACAAACCAAGAUAAAAACACACUUAGAAACAAGAGAUAAAAAAUACGAGAUUUUAUCAGAGAAAUAAAGAAAUAUAUUUAAACUCAUGUUGAACUGCAGAGGGAUCAGAAAAAAACAGCCUAAAUAUCCUUUAAUUCCUCUUAUUAUGAGGACAGAGCAUCUAUUCAGUUUUAUUGAGUCAUAUUUAUGAACUAUAAGUCUGACCAGGAGGAAACAGAGAGAAAUAUUAUUAUGAUUUAUUACAGUUUAACUGCCUGAACUACCACCUGAUCUAAAUCAUAAAACUCAAACUUCACACUUCGGUUUCAGUCAAAAAACAGACAUUUCAUCUGUUUUUAUGAACUUUUUAAAAACCUCUCACUAUCCUGAUUUCAUAAGUCACCUAUUGUUGUUGUUGUAAUGCUCAUUUUGACCACUAGAGGCAGCACUGCCCUGUGUGAGACACGACUGAAAUCUGCUUAAGUUCUUUUAUGUUUCAGUUUUCUAUCAACUUAAUUUGAACUUGCUGACUUUUACUGAUGGACAGGAUAAUUUUAUAUAUUCUGAAGAGGCAUUCAUGAAAAAAAACACGUAAUUUUUCACCUUCUGACAGUUUUAUUUCACUUUUUAUUGAACCUCUGAGACCACUGCGAAAUAUGAAUACAUAAAAUACACGCAGAAAGGACUUUUUUACAUUAAUAAGCACAUGUCUAUAAUAGAAAUAUCAUUUUUAUGACUGUGUAUUUAAUCUAUGUUUAAAUAAAAGGAACCCCCCCCAGAAGAAAUUGAGGAUAAGGUAGCAUUUCGGGGGCAGAAAGUCUGCAUUUUGGGGAUAAAGUUGUCAUUAAUUCAGAGGAAAUCAAUGAUGUAAAAAGCUGAGGAAAACAAGCUCUCGUUUUUGGAGAAAAAAAAAAUCCCUGUAACAGGACAACUGCUGUCUUUGUUUUCAAGCAGUGGUUCUCAAGUCCAUUCCUCAAGCCCCCCACUGUCCUGCAUGUUUGGAUGUUUCCCUGCUCCAACACACCUGAUUCAAAUGAUCAGCUCGUUAUCAAGCUCUGUAAAGGCUUACUAACGAGCUGACCAUUUGAAUCAGGUGUGCUGGAGCAGGGAAACAUCCAAAACAUGCAGGACAGUGGGCCUCGAGGACUAGACUUGAGAACCACUGUUUUAAAGAAUACAGUUGACAUUUUUGGAAAACAGGUUACGAAUUACGAAUUUAACGCAUGGCAGUUUGAUGUUUCCAUGUUGAAAGUGUAAUGCACAUGCGCAAAAUGGAGCGUGCCGUCAGUGUUUUAUUUGAAAACCCUGAAUUACUGUUGACGGCGGUGGCUGUGGCGUUUUAGAAAUAUCCUUAUCUGGAGGGCGUUUUUAAAAUGUACCGUUGAUUUCGGCUACAAAGCCAUUUCUGUUAUCAUGAGAAAACGAGCUUUGAGAUAACAGAAAAAAGAUUUUGCGUUCUAUAUUCGUGUCGGCCCUGUUGUGUAAGGACCUUAAGACCAUUUUUUUGCUUUAUCUCAAAAUCUCUGCUUUUACCCUCUAAUAUGAACCUGGUACUCUAUUUUCUAUGUUUAAGUGUGUUGAUGUUUUCUCUCUUAUUCGCCCUCUGAGCCUCUGUAGCUGUAGCUCAGAAUAAUGAGAGUGGCUCAUAAUGGUAAUUUUAUUCAACUACAGCUCAUCAACAGUCCAGUUUUAGAUCAGCUGUUUUCAGAGACUGAAGACCAUCUCAGGCAGAUUCACUCUUCAGACUUAAUAAAAUAAAAUAAAUCUGUGAUUAAACAAAAGUUGAACUAUAAAAAACUCUAGGGCUGUAAAAAAAAAAAAAUGGAAUGAUCCUUAAAAGGUUUGUUUUUAGAGUAUGUGCAGAUGAUGAGGAUGCAACACACACAGAGAAAAACACACCAGCAUCUUUUAGACCUCAGCUCUGUCCCGCUGACCGUGUACAGACAGGAAGUGAAUGAGCAUGGGGGCACUUCAUCCAUCCACCUGGACACCUGAGGAGGGAGGGACCACCUGGAGAGACCAGACUGUUCUUCUCCGGUGUUCCUCAAAUCGGCGGUUUUUCUACAGUCUGAUAGAGAAGGAGCGCUCACAUGCACAGACACACAGACACACACACACACACCUCCAGCUGCUCUUAAAUGCCAAGGAGUGUUACGCCCACCAGCUGGGGAUCAGUGUGUGUUUCUGACUGUGUGUAUGUGUGUGUGAGAUCAGACCACAGAGCAUGUUAAACACACACAAACAUUCUCAGAGUCAUGCAGCUGCUGUUACUCACUUGAAUCUUCUUCGUUGGUGUUUCUAUCUCAGAGUUUACAUCGUGCUGCGUCUCUUCAUACCUGUACAGUUUACAGACUGCAUGGUCACACUCUGCCUGAGGAGGGCACUGUCUCCUCAGAGGACUCACACACACACACCUCGUGUUUCCUUCAACUGUCCUAAAUGAAAAAAAAAAUAAAACUAUCGAAGAGUCUCUAUCAGCAGGUUCAGAGUUGGCUCAGUAGUCGCUCCAGUCAGACGGGGACAGCAGAGCGCACUCUGAACACACACAGCUGAUAGAAACAGUAGAAGAAGAAGAGCUCUGAGAGUGGCGUUUCAACUGUGCAUAAACAGGAGUUAAAGAAAACACGACAACAACAACACAACACAACAACAAUUACACACUGACGCUCGUCUUCCAGAAGUGAACCAGCUGGAGUGUGUGAACCCAACGUGAUGCAUUCAGGGUCACCUUACAAAUAACUGUUCAGCUGUGGACCAACAAACAUUAACACACACACACACACAGACGCACACUGAGCUGGUUCACCAUCGUGGCACUGUGAACAUUAAAUAUAAACAUUAAAGCUUGAUAUAUUAUUCAUUUCUUUUUAUAAAGAUUCAGUUUUUUACUUUGACCUGCAGAUGAACUCUUUUAAUCUCUCUGGGCUUUAGUUUACUUUGUUUAUUUUAAUUUAUUUAUUUUAUUUUAAUUUAUUUAUUUUUAUUUUAUUUUAUUUCAACUACAAAGUUUACUUUUUUUAUUUUUUAUUGAUAUUGAUUUCAUUGAAUUUCCCCCAGAUUUGUUUUAAACUUAUUUUAUCAAUAUUUAUUAAUACUUAUUUUAAUAAUAUUUUGUUUAAUUUAUUUUAUUUAACAAAAUAUUUUGUCCUUAUCUUGUUUUCAUUUAUUUUAUUGAUUUAGAAUUAUUUUAUUUAUUUAAUUUUAAUUAUAAAUCAUAUAAUUAUAUAUCAUAUACUUGUAUAUCAUUAAUUAUAUAUAUUUAAUUUAAUUUCUUUUGUUUAAUUCACUUUUUGUGAAUUUUAUUACAUUGUAUUUUUUAUCUUAUUUUAUUUAUUUUAUUUUUGCUUUCUCAAUUUCAUUUUAAUUAUUCGUUUUACAUCAUUAAUUUUGUUUCUAUUCUGUUUUUUUGAUUUAUUUCAAACAUUUUGAUUUAUUCAUUUUUAUCCUAUUCAUUUGAAUCUAUUUUUUAAAUAUUUGUAAUAUUUUUAUUUUACUUUUUUCAUUUUGUACAAUUACAUGUAUUGGAUUUAAUGUAUUAGGGUUUUUUUUCUGAUAAAAUCUUGUUUUCCUUAUUUGAAAAUCUGCUGUGAACCAGAGAAGCAGAAACUCACCCUGCAGGACUGUUUCUGUCCAACAGACUGUGAACAAAUGAGCUCAAAACGCAUCAACAUUUCAACCGUUGUAGUCAUAUCAGUGCUGCAUUAAGGUCAAGCACUUAAAGCUCUGACUUAGGUCUCUUUAUCAGCUUGACAGUUAAACAGCAUUUGCCCUACAGAGGGGAAAAGCUGUGCUCAAAUGGAACUGUGAUUAAAGGCACCGUACAGGCUAACAAACAAAUGUAUAUAUUUGAUUUAAAAACCGUAAGACUUACUGCUGCACAAAGUGGAACAUAACAAAUCAAUAGAAUAUCUUUUCUCACUGAUAGCGUUUAGUUUCCUCUCCCUGUUUCUGACAAAGAAAGAAGUUGGCAAAUUUCCUAAUUUUUUGAGUGUUUCUGUGGCUGUUUGGGUGAAUAAAUUUAGCACAAAUUCAUAUUUCUGAUUUCUUCUGAUGUACUUAAAUGCAGCUCAGCAGGAGUAAUGGACUCUCUGCCCCUUAACCUGUUCAGAGAUCAGAUUAUCUCAUCCUCACGUUUAUUUAAUCUGCUCUGGUGCUCUGGGUCACAUGACCUCAUAUCACGUGGGCUGUGUCCGAAAUGGAUCCCUAACCCCUGUAUAGGCGACUGUAUGGGGGUUAGCGCCAUUUUGAGGGGCUGUCCGAAACCUCAGUGAUCAAUUCCAGUGCCAUAUAUAGGCGACUCAAAAUUUCCCAUGGAGCAUUGCAAAAUGUAGUGACCAUCCAAUGGUCACUCCAGCGGUGGGCAUCCCGUCAUGCAUUGCGUCAUGCCAUGUAGUGUCCGAAAUCUCUGGUGAUUGAGUUCACUACAUAGUCAACUAUAUAGUAAAACCCCAAACGGGGGUCAAGGGUUAGGGAUUGAGUGAUUCAUUUCGGACACAGCCAUCGUCUGCUUGAAGGGGUCAUGUGACCAAAAAAGCCACAGUAACAGUAUUUAUUUUAACUCCUGGUGUUUGUAUCAGUUGGUUUGAUGCUGCCCCCUGUGGUCAGGACCAGAACUGCAGGAUGGGUUUCUUUUAAAGGGUUAAAAUAAAGUGUUUGAUAUGUGAAAACAAACUGAAGAUGAAGGCUGAGAUCCAGAGACUUUACUGUCUGUUAGUUUGUGUUUCUGUGACAGUAAACUGGUCAGGGAUCAGCUCUUCUCAUGGUUUAUAAACUGCACACUCACAGGUCAUCUGGACAGGUGAUACGCUUUCUGUUCAGAGUCAGAGAUGAUUGGAUGUCGGCCUUGUGAUUUUUCAUUCUAAUGAUGUCUGUCUGUAAAAUAUAUACUAAUAUUACUUAUAACAACAAUAUUUAUUUAUAUUUAUAUCAUUUCUGUUGUAUGUUAUGGAACAGUAAAACUGAUUGUGAAAGAAA